CGGCGGCCCCGGGAAGGUUCCAUUUCUUCCGCGGCCCGCACUCGCGGCGCUCGGGGCCCCUCCCUCGCCCCGCCCGCGGCGCCCCUCGCGGCCGCGCAGCCGGGCGACUCCGGGCCGGGCCCCGCCCCUCUCGCUGGCGGACUCAGCGCGUCCUCCGCCAGCCCUCGCGUCUGCUGCCCCCGCCAUCCAGUUGGUGCGGUCCAUGGCGAGCACAUCAUGGCGAUUGAAGGUGGAGAGAGAACCUGUGGAGUACAUGAACUUAUCUGUAUUAGAAAAGUAUCUCCAGAGGCAGUUGGAUUUUUGUCAGCUGUUGGGGUGUUUAUUAUCUUGAUGCUGCUCCUUUUUCUCUAUAUUAAUAAGAAGUUCUGUUUUGAAAAUGUUGGCGGGUUUCCAGAUCUUGGUUCGGAAUACAGUACAAGGAAGAAUUCACAAGAUAAAAUUUGUGUAGAAUAAAAAACCAAUAGUAUUUGAGGGAAAAAUAUUGUCUUGCUGCUGUUAUAAUAGCUGUGGAGUGAGAAAAAAUGUCAUAACGUUUAAACCAAGUGGUUUGAUUUUUUUUUUCCGGAAGAAUCUUACUUCAACAUAUUUCUUUCAAUGCAUAAUGUAUUUACAGAAAGAUUAAAAGCUACAAUGUGAAUUGCUAAUAUUGAGCUGACGAAUAGCAACAUUUAAGUAAAUGUUAAAUUCAAGUUCCAAAGUGGUUGAUAUUUUCAGAAGAGAAAAUUCCAUUAUUGCACCUUUUAGGAACAAGGAAUUAGAAAAUGGCAUUUUUCAGAAAUUUCCAACAGAAUCUGCCUUCAGUGUCCUCUCUGGUAGACACAAUCAGUAGUGCUGUAGAGGAUUUGACCACUGCUGUUGGGGAGGUCAGCUAUGCUUUAACUGACUCAGUUGCUGAGCAGGUAACAAGUAUGAUGAGUGGCUUUCGCCCAGAAGAGGAAAGCUCUGUAGCAGAAGAAGCUGUAGACACUUCUAAACAAAAAAAUGCCGGGUUAACAGAAGUCUCCAAAAACACUAAUUGUCAGAAAACACAAGCCAAUUUAGAGCAUAGAGCAAAGCAAAUAAAUACUUGUAAAACUUCACUAAAGCAAGAUCAAGGAAUACAUGAAGAAAGAGUAUUUAAACAUGUUAAUGAUAGGCAACAGACUCUAUCAGAAUAUCAAGACACUGGUAAUACUGGUGAUUCUUCUUUGAAAGGCUACAUGAAUAAUGGUGGGAUAUCAGUUAUCAGACAGAAUACAAGGGCUGGAUCUAUUUGUCAAGAACUUGAAAGUACUGACAGAUGUAAAACAAUUGGAGUAGGAAUUUCCAAUAAUGGUAAGAAUGAUUUAAAGGAGGUAGGAUAUCAAGAAAUGAAAGGAAAUCAGAAGAAUGCCAACGGAAUAAACAAAUUGUAUGAGCAAAAGAAAUACGUUGGUACAGAUAAUUGUAAAAAGGAGGAAUAUUCUAAAUCUCGACAUGUAUAUUUGGGAAGAGAUCAAGAGAAUAUGGGGCAUUUCAAUAAAUGUAAACAUCUUCCCGAUUUAGGGCAUUCAGAUCAUUUAAAGAAAGCUGAAAAAUGUGUUAAAAGUAAAGCAUCCAAAGGGAAUGAGUGUUCAGGAAAUGAAUGUUCUUUAAAAUAUAUUUUGACAAGCAAUAGGCAUAUGACACAGAAAUCCAUUAUAAAAGAAGACAUACAUCCAGCACCAUCAACUAAUUCUAAAGAUAAGUUAUCUGGGAAAAUUGAAGAACAAAUAAAUUCAACGAAAUACUGUAAAGUGAACGAAGACAUAAAACCCAAGAAAACUGAGGCCAUUUCUGCCAAGAAAGGAACAGCAAAGAGUAAAGAUGAAAAAUAUUCUAAGAUAAUACCAGAAAAAGAUAAUUCCUACAUGGACAAAGAUGAGCAUGGUUCAUCCUCUGAAAGUGAAGAUGAAGCGCUGGGUAAAUAUCAUGAGGCCUUAUCCAGAACACACAAUUCCAGACUACCACUGGCAGAUUCUAGACAAAAGAACUAUGCUUGGGAAACAAGGCAGAAAUACAGUCCUCUAUCGGCAGAGUAUGAUGGAUACAGUAGUGAAGCAUCAAUAGAUGAAGGAAACUGCAUUCAGAGAAUGAGAAGAACACCCCCGCUGGAUGAAUUGCAGCCACCACCAUAUCAGGAUGACAGUGGUUCUCCCCAUCUGUCAUGUACACCCUCAGAAAUUGGGGACAGUAAAUGUGAAUUUUCCCACUGCAGCAACAGUCCAAGAUGCUCAUAUAACAAGUGCCCAAGUGAAGGAAGCACAGGUCAUGAAAUAGAAAGUUUUCAUAAUAAAGGAUAUGAAGAAGAUGUUCCAAGUGACAGCACUGCAGUCCUGAGCCCUGAAGAUAUGUCAGCUCAAGGAUCAUCUUCGCAGCUUCCUAAACCUUUUGAUCCUGAGCCAGAAGCUAAAUAUGGCACACUGGAUGUGACUUUUGACUAUGACUCACAAGAACAGAAGCUUCUGGUAACAGUGACAGCUGUCACAGACAUCCCAACAUAUAACAGGACAGGUGGCAACUCAUGGCAAGUACACCUUGUUCUUCUACCUAUAAAGAAACAGAGAGCAAAAACCAGCAUCCAGAGAGGACCAUGCCCUGUCUUCACAGAAACAUUUAAAUUUAAUCAUGUUGAAUCUGAGAUGAUUGGAAAUUAUGCAGUUCGGUUUAGACUGUAUGGUGUACAUCGCAUGAAAAAAGAAAAGAUUGUGGGGGAAAAGAUUUUUUAUUUAACAAAAUUGAAUCUUCAAGGGAAAAUGUCAUUGCCUGUGAUAUUGGAACCUUCUUACAAUCAUUCUGUGAGUAUCUCAUCAAAUGGCCUGAAUACAGUUUAUGUUCAUGGUUUAUAGUAUGCACAAUUUUAAAAAUCUUUAAUCAAGCCAACAAGUUUGUCAGUCUAUUUUUUUACAUAGUAAUCAUGCCUUUACAAAAAUAUCUAAGCCCUGGAUAGAUAGAUAUACUUUUUCUUACCUAAAAAAGUUGCCCUUGAAGAUAAUUUGUGAUUUAUGUCUUUUAUUUUAUCCUUCACAGAGUUUUGGCCCAGGGUUUUACAUGUUUUUUGUUGUUGUUGUUGAACAUUUAUUAAAUGUUUGAUUAUGAAGUCAUCCAAACUCCUUAUAGAAUUUAUUAUUUUUUUUCCAGGUUAAAACUAGGCAAUACAUUAAGAAGUAUCAGCCCCAUAUGUUAUUUGCUGUAUGGCAGAAAGGAUUUGCCCUUACAGAAUAUAUAUACCACUCCCUAGGUCCCGACUGGAUAUGUUUCCAGAACUUCUGUGAAAUUAUUUUAAAAUUUCAAAAUAAAUCUGGCCUCAUUAGACUUUCCACCCUUUUUAAACAGAUUGUAAAGUAUUUCAGGAGAACCCUUAAGCUUAGUACUUUGAGCUAGUUCUCUCUUUUCUCUUUUUGUCCUCCAGAUGAUAAUCACAUAUAAAUCUCUCUCUCUGUCUUCAUAUUUUUAACUAAAUUCCCACAAGGCAUUGCAAAUCACAGGAGAGAAAUGUCUGCACUGUUUAUUUAAACCAGGGAGAUACAUUAUGCCACAUAGUUAUUUAGAUUAUGAAAAAAUCUGUGAUAUGUUGUAAGUGUGCAUUAUGGUUUAUAUUUAUUCCUCUCUGUUAUAUUGAAUACAAAGCAUUUUUAAAAUAUAAAUAUACAGAUUUUAGAAUAGAUUUGUAUUUUAAAAUAAAGGUAUACUAUUUUAGUGUUGUUUUGAGCUUUUAAAUGUAUAAGCUUCAGUCCAAGUAGUUUAGGGUCUCAUCUCAUUUACAUCAGGCAACAUUUUAUGUUGUAAGACCUUGAUUCACAGUCAACACCAUACCAGUUUAACUAAAUGAUUUCAGUGUCUUUAAGUACAAAAUGAUGAUGUAAAUAUAGUAUAUUCAUAUGGGUUUCUAGGAUAAGACUUAAUCUCUGUUGGGAAAAUUGAUAACUUGUUAUCCUUUUAAAUAUUCAGAGUUAUUUUGGGGAAAUACCUUUUAAAAAUAAUAGCAGCUUAAAAGAGGGGAGAAAAAAGAGUUCAGGCAAUAUUUUGGGGGGGGGAAGAACGAAUUUUUCAUAAAAUUUAAUAAUCUACAGUUAUUAAUAUGAUUUCUAAACUUCUUCAUUAUUUGGUCCGAGUGAUCACUAGUUACUCUGUGGAAAAUAAAUGCUUAUAUAGAAAUCUCAUUUAAAUUAGAAGAGAAAGACUCUGUCAUCAAGAGGUAUGUAAUUUAUCUGUUCCCAAUUAAUUAUGUUUUAAUUACAUUCAUUUCACAAAGAGAAUGAAGCCAUAGAAAAUAAUACUGUCUUAUCUCUGUUCAAACUAAGCAAUUUUUUAAUGGACCUACAUUAUGUGUGUUAGCUUCUAGUCAUUGAUUCUGUAAUCUUUUUCUGCCAACCAGUACAAUAAUUUCUGAGGAAAAAGUGCCAAAUAAAUAGCUUGUAAGACAUAACAUUUAUUUUUUUUUACUUUUAUUUUAAGUUCAGGGGUACAUGUGCAGGUUUGUUAUAUAGGUAAACUUGUGUCAUGGGGGUUUGUUUUACAGAUUAUUUCAUCACCCAGGUACAAAGCCCAGGACCUAAUAGUUAAUUUUCCUGAUCCUCUAUCUUCUCCCACCUGCCACCCUCUGAUAGGCCCCAUUGUCUGUUGUUCUCCUCUAAAGAUGUAACAUUUAUAUUUGAAUAAAACUAUCCAUCUUCUGCCCUUUCUCUGUGUUGACAUGCUUCUCAAAUUCAGUACCCUGUAUUUAAUUGUUCUUUUUUGUCGCUUUCCUUCUUUCUCCACCUUCUCAAAAUCUCAUUGGUUGCUUUUGGCUUCUGUGCUAUCAGUUGUUUAGUCAUUAAAAUAUACCAAUAGAAUGUAUAUAUUCUAUAUAUACUAUAGUAUUAAUGUUCUCCCUGGUUAGGUUUUAAUAUUAACUUUGUGGGGAGAUCUUGUAAUUGCAGUUUACUUGGGUGAGUUUGGCUCUAAUUUUUGUAAGAUGCAAUAAUAUAUCUGUAAGAGAUACACUCAUAAUUAAACAUUUGUUCUAGUUGCUUUUUUUCCCCAGAGUCAGGGUCUCACUCUGGGAAAAGUCAGGGUCACCCAGGCUGGGGUGUAGUAGUGCAAUCAUGGCUGACUGUAGCCUGAAACUCCUGGGCUUAAGUGAUCCUCCCACCUCAGCCUCUCGAAUAGCUAGGACUAUAGGUGCACACCACCAGGCCUGGCUAAUUUUUUUUUUUUUAGAAAUCGGGUCUUGCUGUGUUGUCCAGGCUAGUCUUGAACUCCUGGCCUGAAGCGAUUCUCCCAUGUCAGUCUCCCAAAACGCUGGGAUUACAGGCAUGAGGCACCAUGCCAGGCCUUCUAGUAGCUUUUGAAUAAUCGCUUAUUAUUGUUGUCAUUUUUAUUGUAACUUUUGGCAAGGAAAAGUUUUAAUCCAGCCAAAGAACUUGCAAACUACCAUUAAAACACAUUUAAACUUACAGUUUUUUCCAUAGAUAAUAGGAAAAUAGAAUUUUGCAUAUAAAAUUUAGUUUUAUAGCUAGUUUUGCAGGAACUGAUUGAGAGAAAAAAAAAGACCAAUGUCACCAAAAUGACUUUCUGAGGACUAAACAGUGAGUUUCCCUGAGAAUAAGAUUAAAGUUUAACAUUAAGGCCGGGCGCAGUGGCUCACACCUGUAUUCCCAACACUUUGGGAGGCCGAGGUGGGCAGAUCAUGAGGUCAGGAGAUUGAGACCAUCCUGGCUAACACGAUGAAACCCCAUCUCUACUAAAAAUACAAAAAAUUAGCCGGGCGUGGUGGCAGGUGCCUAUAGUCCCAGCUACUCGGGAAGCUGAGGCAGGAGAAUGGUGUGAACCCGGGAGGCGGAGCUUGCAGUGAGCUGAGAUCGCGCCACUGCACUCCAGCCUGGAUGACAGAGCAAGACUCUGUCUCAAAAAAAAAAAAAAAAAAAAAAGUUUAACAUUAAGAUAUAGUUUGAAGUGUGCCUUCUUGAUCAAUGCAUGAUAGAAAAUAUACUUAAGAGUUUAAAAAGCAUAAUUUCUUUCUUCUGACUAGCCCUGUAAACUAAGUAAAUCAUCUGAUUAUUUUGGGCAUCAGGUUUCUCAUUAGUGAAAUGAGAGGAUUAGACCAAGUGAUCUCUAAAGGCCUAUCCAUCUCUGAUAUUGUCUAAUUAUGCUAGUAUAUAUUGGGAAAGGAGUUAGGCAGGAACAGAAAUUGGUGAAUUUUAGAUGAGUUUUGUAUGCUUGAUAUGACAUUUUGUGGCAGACAUGUAUUAUGUUUUCUCUUCUACCUUUUCAGUAACUAUCUGGGAAUAACCAUGUCUACCUCCCUAAGGUAAGCCAUAAAAUUGACUUUCCCCGUCUCACUGGUAGAUAUGGCAGGAGCUGUGUGACCUAGACUCUGCCACUCAUACUUAUUUUCUGGAAACCUCAAUACAGACUGAACAAAGAAGCAGACACUGCAGUCAGAUCAUGUUUCCAUGAAGUUGAUGGUGGAGGUAUCUGGUGUUCAGAGGCAAUAGUAAUUCUGUUAUAAAAUAGCUCUGCUCAUGCAGAAAUGGUAUUGGUGCUGGGCCACUAACAGUUGCAGUAGAGGAAAGUCCUUGGCAGAAAAGAAUCCAGUGAGAACAGCAGCAGGUUUUCCUCACCUGACCAAUUCUGUAGUAUGGUUUUUAGACUUCAUUCUUGAGAAGCUUAACCAUUAACUUGGUUCUUUAUUCAUCCCUAGUCCUUUAAUAAAUUACUAUUCCACUUUAUGAGUCAGAGUUAGCGUCUGUUGUUUUCAAAUAAGAAUCGUGAAAUAGCCAUAUGGUUUACUAUUUACUUGCUUUAGUACUGUCUUAUGCCAAACUCAGUAGCUAGAAUGUUAUCAGUUAUCCUUCCUACCAUGGCGUAUAUCCCUCUCAUAAUUUGAACUCUUAUAUACACAGCUUUGUUCAGAUGGCACUCUUUCUUAGUAUUUAACCCCAAUUAAUUUCUUCACUUGCAUUUUUGGUACUAUAUUACUCUCUGUAACAGUUGCAUAAAAUAGCCUUUCCCUUUUUCCUCAUCCUGGUUUUAUGUCUAAUUUCAGCUUAUUAGAUUUGUUAAUAUUAUUAUAUUUAUUGAUUGAUUAAUAAUGAAACUCUAUUCUUUAUCUCACAAACAUACACACAACCCUUCCUGUACAAACAGUACUUAAUUAGCCUGAUCUCUUCAGAGUGGCUAGCAAUAAUAAUAGUGAGGCUAUUGGACAAUUCUCAGAAUAUAGGAGUCUUUAUUAAAUCCUUGGUUUAUUUUCAUUAUUAUAUAUAUGGUUUUUGGUGAGUUGCCUUUUAGGAAAACUGAUAUUUGACAAAGCUGUGAUGUGUUUCAUCUUGAAAUAAGGUUCUCUACAUUAAUAGAUGAGCAGCAGGCGUACCUGUUAAGUUUUUUUUUCUGUAGACAAAUGGUUCUCGAAGUAUGAUUCCUGGACCAACAUCAUCACAUAGGAACUUGAUAGAAGUGCAGAUUCUCAGUCCCUCUCCGAAACUUUCUGAAUUAAAAAAAACUCUGAGGGUAGGGCACAGCAAUCUGCAUUUUAACAAGCACUGUACAUGAUUCUGAUAUACAUUAAAGUUUGUGAAUCACUGCUUUUGACCAGGGUUUGCAAACUAUGACUUGUGAGUCAACUCUGGCAUGUAGCCUGCUUUGGUAAGGUCUGUUGCUCCUCUCUGCAAAAGCAGCAUAGAUUACCACUCUGUUGAACUCAGGUGUGGCCAGGUGACUUGCUUUUAUCUUCUGCUCGUAACCUUUAAGAAUUAGAAUAAUGCAUUCACUACUAUGGAAGCAUGUGUGGAAAUGGAACCUCUUUGAGCUUUGAAGGAAGCCUCUGUUGCCAAUCCAAAAUCGAUAUGUUGUAUAAGGAGGAAGUAAACCAUUGUUGAAUUAAGCUGCUGAGAAUUUGGAGUUCUCUGUUACUAUAGCAUAAUCUACCCUGGCUGAUAAAACAUUUGCUCUUCUGACUAAGGAGUACAUUAACCCCUGCGGUCGAGAAUCAGAUGAAGCAGGUAAUAUAGUUUGGAUUUCCCCUCCAAAUCUCAUGUUGAACAUGUCGAAAUGUAAUCCCCAAUGUUGGAGGUGGGGCCUGGUGGAAGGUGAUUGGAUCCUGGGGGCAGAUUUCUCACGAGUGGUUUAGCACCAUCCUCUUGCUGCCGUCCUCACGAUAGUAAAUUAUUUCUCAUGAAAUCUGAUUGUUUAAAGGUCUGUGGCAUCUCCCCCUCUCCCUCUCUCACUCUUGCUCUCUUCAUGUGACAUGCCUGCUUCCAUUUUUGCCUUCUGCUGAGAGUAAAAGCUCCCAGUGGCCUCCCCAGAAGCUGAGCAGAUUGCUGCACCAUGCUUGUACAGCCUGCAGAACUGUGAGCCAAUUAAACAUCUUUUCUUUAUAAAUUGCCCAGGUAUGUCUUUUUAACAACAUAAGAAUGGCCUAACACAGCAGGGAAUUGACUAACACAGUUGCCUUCUUCUGAAAGAAUCUAAGGCACCGUAUGUGUUGCAGAUUUGAUUACCUGGGAAGCAGACUCUGAGAGGGAGUUUAGUGUGCUAAAUGUUUGUUAAGGAGUGCUCUUGGGAUUCAUACUUGUAAAAGAGGAGAUGGAAGCAGGAUUGGACAGAGAGAAGUCAAGCUGCAGUGCAUGCCCAAAGACAGUCUUAGCCUACCCCCAGGGAAUUCUGGAACUAAAAUAGUCCUUCAGAGUUGUCCCCAUUUGGGCUGAGAUGGCCAGGCCUUUAUACUCCCAUCAGUCAGUCAUUGCAUGUUGGUUGCCGCUUUUAUUAGUCUGUUCUCAUGAUGCUAAUAAAGACAUACCCAAGCCUGGGUAAUUUAUAAAGGAAAGAGGUUUAAUUGACUCAUAGUUCCACAGGGCUGGGGAGGCAUCUUGAAACUUACAAUCAUGGCAGAAGGGGAAGCAAACAUGUCCUUCUCCACAUGGCGGCAACAAGGAGAAGUGCCAAGGAAAAGGGGGAAAAGCCCCUUAUAAAACCAUCAGAUCUCUUGAGAACAAACUCACUCUUAUGAGAACAGCAUAAGGGUAACUGCCCCCAUGAUUAAACUAUGUCCCACAGGGUUCCUCCCAUGGAGGCGGGAUUAUGGGAACUACAAUUCAAGGUGAGACUUGGGUGGGGAAACAGCCAAACCAUAUCAUUCUGCCCCUGGCCACCCCCCCAAAUCUCAUGUCCUCACAUUUCAAAACAAAAUCCUGCCUUCCCAACAGUCCCCCAAAGUCUUAACUCAUUCCAGCAUUAAGUCAAAAGUCCAAGUCCAAAGUCUCAAUGUGAGACAAGGCAAGGCCCUUCCACCUAUGAGCCUGUGAAAUAAAAAGCAAGUUAGUUACUUCUUAGAUGCAAUGGGGGUACAGGCAUUGAGUAAAUACACCUGUUCCAAGUGGGAGAAAUUGGCCAAAACAAAGGGGCUACAGGCCCCAUGCCAAGUCCAAAAUCCAAUAGAGCAGUCAUUAAACCUUAAAAUUCCGAAGUGAUCUGCUUUGACUCCAUGUCUCACAUCCAGGUCAUGCUGAUGCAAGAGAUGGGCUCCCACAGCCUUGGGCACCCCUGAAAGGGUGACCUUGGGUGAGGCAGUUCUUUACAGUUGAAUCAGUUCCUGAAGGGACUGACAUUGAAGGCUGUCUUCCAACAGCCCUCCUGACAGCUAGGGCAACAGUCUCUUCGUAGAUAGAUAGGGAAUUAUCUAUUGACAAUUACAAUUGUCAACUACAAUUCAAGGUGAAACUUGAGUGGAGAAACAGCCAAACCAUAUCAUUCUACCCUUGGCCCUUCCCACAUCUUAUGUCCUCACAAUUCAAAACAAAACCAUACUGACAUUUGAUUGACAGUGUAUCACAGUGUCUAUCAUAGCUAUAAAUCUGGACAGUAUAAAAAAUACUGUAUUUGAUUUUUUUAACUGGAAGGCAGACAUAGGGCAGAUGGGAAGAAAUGUAAGAAUGCUAAUAUGCUAAUGUAGUUAAGAAAAAUGACUAACCCUCUCCUAUUUAACUUAGAGAAGGAUUAUUUAGAAAAUAAUCAGCAAGGAAGAAAUAUUCAUGUAAAGUUCAACUAUUCAUUUUAUUUCAUUUUUUCUAUUAAAUUUAUGUAAGGUAAAAUGGAUUUUUAAAUAAAAUAGCUACAGUUUGAUCCUAUUUUUAUAAAAGUAUUUCUAUUCCUUUUUCUGUUAGUAUAUAUUCAUAGAAUGAUGCCUGCAGGAUGUUUACCUAACAGCAAUUUAGGUUUAGGUUUAUGGUGAUUUUUUUUUUACUUCUUUGUUUAUUUCUGUCUUUGUUUAUUUAUGAUAAUCAUUUGUCAGUUAAAAAAUGGAGGGUCAGAAAGGGCCAGGGAAUUUGGACCCUGGUCAGUUUGGUGGGGGUGAAUAAGUAGAUAAGUUCCUUGCUGGAUUAUUUAAGUCCUUGAAGGGAUGGGAGAAAACACAGGACCACAGUGAAAACUUAAAUUUUCUUAAGUUCUAAUGAUAGAGGGUACUUAAUAUUUUCUUAGAUGUCUGUAUUUCAUUAAAUCUGGCUCUUGCUUACACUUCUGUGUGAACACAAAGCAGUUCUGGAAGUAGACAUGAGAGUACAUGAUUGUCUUGGGUGAGAAGAGAUCUUCAGGAACCCCUAGAUUUAAAAAUUGGAGAAAAGAGAGGUAAAGUAGGAAGAAAGAGGCAAUAAGAGAUCAUGAAAGCCAAGAAUGAAGUUCAUGAAGGAAGGAAUAAUCAGCUUUGUCAGAUGUUGCUGAUGGAAAGAAUAAUCUGAAUAUUAAAAACUGUGUGUUGGAUUUAGGAUAUGGAAGUCAUAGAUAGCUUUUCAGGGGCUAAUUUUGAUAUUGUGAAGGGGCUAGAAUCCAAACAAGAGUGACAGUCAUUUAGACAAUUUUUUCACCAAAUCUGGCUGUAACAAUAGGAAGAAAGAGAGAACAGUAUUUGGAAAGCGAGGGUUUAGGGAGAAUGUUUUUGAGGUGAGGAGAGCCUUGGGCAUGUUUAAAUACUAAUGCAAAUGAUUUGAUUAAAAAAAAAGGACAAAUAACUGAAGAGAGCCAUUAAUCAAUGUGUUUGGGAUAUAAACAGAGAGGCAAAAGUGUUAGAGUAUUUUCGAGAGAUUUACUUAAAUGGUAGAUCAUGAAAUAAAUAAAGAGAGAAGUGAAGCCAGAAAGGGGAUUAUGGGCAGGAGAAGUAGAAAGGUUAGUGGACUGAAAGUCCCAAGGAUAUCAGGAAAGAGUUGUGAGAGGAGUAGCUAAGCAAGAAGUGUUGAAGGAUGGCAGACUGGUUGAAAGGGGAAUGUUUUCAGUUCAUAUGAUGUGGAAGGAGAAGGGUCCAGAGUGUGAUGGUGGAAGUGGGCAUCUGAGAUAGAGUAAAAGGUACAAUUACUGGAGAGGGAUAAUUGUCAAGAGGGCUAGGUUCUUAGAUAGGCUGAGUGGACACUGAAGUUACAAAAAAUGAUGACGGAAGUUGAAGUGUAAAAGAAGGUUGAAUCCAGAAUCAAAUUUACAAGAAAAAAACAACUCCAUCAAAAAGUGGGCAAAGGAUAUGAACAGACACUUCUCAAAAGAAGACAUUUACGCGGCCAACAAACAUAUGAAAAAAAGCUCAUCAUUACUAGGCAUUAGAGAAAUGCAAAUCAAAAACCACAGGAUACCAUCUUACUCCAGUUAGAAUGGCGAUCAUUAAAAAGGCAGAAAACAGACCGGGCGCGUUGGCUCACACCUGUAAUCCUAGCACUAUGGGAGGCUGAGGUGGGCAGAUGACAAGGUCAGGAGGUUGAAACCAUCCUGGCCAACAUGGCGAAAUCCCAUCUCUAAUAAAACACAAAAAAUUAGCUGGGCAUGGUUGCGCGCACCUGUAGUCCCAGCUAUUCGGGACGCUGAGGCAGGGGAAUCACUUGAACCUAGGAGGCAGAGGUUGCAGUGAGCCACGAUUGCACCACUGCAUUCCAGCUUGGCAACAGAGCAAGACUCCAUCUCAAAAAAAAAAAAAAAAAAGAGAGAAAAAACGAAACAACAACAACAAAAAGGAAACAACGGAUGCUAGAGAAAUAAGAAUGCUUUUACACUGUUGGUGGGAGUGUAAAUUAGUUCAGCCAUUGUGGAAGACAGUGUGAUGAUUCCUCAAGGAUCUAGAACCAGCAAUACCAUUUUGCCCAGCAUUCCCAUUGCUGAGUAUAUACCCAAAGGAUUGUAAAUCAUUCUACUAUAGAGACACGUACACAUGUAUGUUUAUUGCAGCACUGUUCACAAUAGCAAAACUUGGAACCAACCCAAAUGCCCAUCAGUGAUAGACUGGAUAAAGAAAAUGUGGCACAUACACACCAUAGAAUACUAUGCAGCCAUUAAAAAGGAUGAGUUAAUGUCCUUUGCAGGGACAUGGAUGAAGCUGGAAACCAUCAUUCUCAGCAAACUAACACAGGAACAGAAAACCAGACACCACAUGUUCUCACUCAUAAGUGGGAGUUGAACAGUGAGAACACAUGGACACAGGGAGGGGAACAUCACACACCGAGGCCUGUCAGGGGAUUGAGGGUUAGGGGAGGGAUAGCAUUAGGAGAAAUACCUAAUGUAGAUGAUGGGUUGAUGGUUGCAGCAAACCACCAUGGCACGUGUAUACCUACAUAAUAAACCUGCAGAUUCUGCACAUGUAUCCCAGAACUUAAAGUAUAAUUUAAAAAAUUUUUAAAAGAAGAUUGAAUCAAGGACCAUUUUCCUCAAGGAACAAAGAAGAAAUGUUCAAGGAAUGAAGAUGAAAUGUCCAGGAGGACAAAAUAGGAGGACAGGAUGAUACAAACUUUAAAGGAAAAUAGUUGUUCUUUUCCACAACUUUUAGAGGAGCAAUGCUUGAGAAACAGCAGAGAACUUUGCUUCCUGAUCUUGAGUCACUUGGGAUAUGAGGGAAUAACCAGAAUGAAAAGUCAAGAGGGAAUGAAUAUCCUCCAGGAAGAAUUCUGUUUCAAUUAAACAAGGUGUUGGGAGUCCAAAGCAAAGACUAAAGUUCUAGAAGAGUUUAUCGUAGAUCAGGGGUACCAAGGAGACAUAGUAAAGGAUUAUACUAAAAUGUCAAUCUCAGUCAUAAUUUGAUUCUAUUUAAAUCUCAGAUUUCACAAGUCUAAUUUAAAUCAUAUCUUUAUAGAAAUAUAUUAGAUUGUUAUUAUUAUUCUUAUUUUUGAGACAGAGUUUCAUUCUUGUUGCCCAGACUGGAGUGCAAUGGCACGAUCUUGGCUUACCACAACCUCUGCCUCCUGGGUUCAAGCGAUUCUCCUGCCUCAGCCUCCCGAGUAGCUGGGAUUACAGGCAUGUGCCACCACACCCAGCUAACUUUGUAUUUUUAGUAGAGAUGGGGUUUCUCCAUGUUGGUCAGGCUGGUCUUGAACUCCCGACUUCAGGUGAUCUGCCUGCCUCGGCCUCCCAGAGUGCUGGGAUUACAGGUGUGAGCCACCACAUUAACAUAAACCAUUUAACUUAUCUAUGUAAAACCAAAAUCCGGUACUAAUUUUCACACACGUCUGUGUGAAGAGACCACCAACCAGGCUUUGUGUGAGCAAUAAAGCUUUUUAAUCAUCUGGGUGCAGGCGGGCUGAGUCCAGAAAGAGAGUCAGCGAAGGGAGAUAGGGGUGGGGCCAUUUUAUAGGAUUUGGGUGGGUAGUGGAAAAAUUACAGUCAAAGGGGGUUGUUCUCUGGUGGGCAGGGGCGGGGGUUACAAGGCGCUCAGUGGGGGAGUUUCUGAGCCAGGAGAAGGAAUUUCACAAGGUAAUGUCAUCAGUUAAGGCAGGAACUGGCCAUUUUAACUUCUUUUGUCAUUCAGUUACUUCAGGCCAUCUGGAUGUAUACAUGCAGGCUUGGGCCCAGAGGCCUGACAUUCUGUUUUCUUAAUAAGAAAAAUAAAACAAAAUACUGUUGAAGUGUUGGGGUGGCGAACAUUUUUGGGGGUGGUAUGGAGAGAUAAUGGGCAAUGUUUCUCAGGGCUGCUUCGAGCAGGAUUAGGUUCGGCAUGGGAACCUAGAGUGGGAGAGAUUAAGCUGAAGGAAGAUUUUGUGGUAAGGGGUAAUACUGUAGGGUUGUUAGAAGAAACAUUUGUCGUAUAGAAUGAUUGGUGAUGGCCUGGAUGUGGUUUUGUAUGAAUUGAAAAAGUAAACAGAAGACACGAGGUCCGAAUAAUAGGAGAAAAACAGGUAUUAAAGGACUAAGAAUUGGGAGGACCCAGGACAUCCAAUUAGAGAGUGCCUAAGGGGGUUCAGCGGAAUUACUUGCUUGGUUGGCAAGUUUUUGGGUUCUAUCCUUAAUAGAGUCCUCCUUUUUAAGUUGGAGGCUGUGAGGUGAGGUGUGUUUUUAAAAGACCAUUAGUCCAUUUUACCUUUCCUGAAGGUUGAGGGUGGUAAGGGGUAUGAAGGUUUCACUGAAUACCAAGAGCCUGAGAAACUGCUUGGGAGAUUUGACUAGUAAAGGCCGAUCCGUUAUCAGACUGUACAGAGGUGGGAAGGCCAAACCAAGGAAUUAUGUCUCACAGAAGGGAAGAAAUGACUGCGGUGGCCUUCUCAGACCCUGUGGGAAAGGCCUCUACCCAUCCAGUGAAAGUGUCUACCCAGACCAAGAGGUAUUUUAGUUUCCUGACUCAGGGCAUGUGAGUUAAGUCAAUUUGCCAGUCCUGGGCAGAGGCAAAUCCCCGAGCUUGAUGUGUAGGGAAGGGAGGGGGCCUGAACAAUCCCUGAGGAGUAGUAGAAUAGCAGAUGGAACACUGAGAAGUCAUUUUCUUGAGGACAGAUUUCCAUGAUGGAAAGGAAAUGAGAGGUUCUAAGAGGCAGGCUAGCGGCUUGUAACCUACAUGGAAGAGGUUAUGAAAUGAUGACAGAAUAGAAUGGGCCUAUGAGGCUGGAAGGAGAUACUUUCCUUGGUCCAAAAACCAUUUGCCUUGUGUCGGAAGAGAUUGAUAAGUGGAAGUUUUAGUGGGGGAGUAUUUGGGAGUGACCAAUGAGAAGGAGAAAAACUGACAGUGAGGGACAGAAGUUGGAAGCUAGCUGCUGCUUUAGCUACCUUGUCAGCAGAAGUGUUGCCCUGAGCGAUGGGAUCUGAUACCUUUUGAUGGCCCUUGCAGUGAAUGACUCCAGCUUCCUUUGGAAGUAAAGCAUCCUUGAGAAGAGUUUUUAUUAAAGAGGCAUUAAUGAUGGAGGACCCUUCCGUAGUGAGGAAACUUCUUUUUGCCUAUAUAACAGCAUGGUGGUGCAGGAUAUGGAAGGCAUAUUUAGAGUCAGUAUAAAUAUUGACAUGUAGUCUUUUGCAAGAGUGAGGGCUCAAGUCAAGGCAAUGAGUUUGGCUUGCUGAGAGGUGGUGGAAGGGGGCAGAAAGUAUAUGCGUCAGGUGUGAGGAAGAAAAUAGAUUUUGCAAGUUUUGAGAACUGUAGAGAGUGAGUUGAGCAUAGUUUUUUAUUUUGAGGGCCUCUAAAAGUAUUAAAGCAGCAGCAGCCGCCACACGCAGACAUGAGAGCUAAGCUAAAACAGUAAGGUCAAGUUGUUUGGACAAAAAGGCUACAGGGCGUGGUCCCAGCUCUUGUGUAAGAACUCUGACCGCACAGCCCUGCACUUCGGCUGUGUGUAAUGAAAAGGGAGUGAUGAGUUAGGGAGAGCUAGUGUGGGAGCUGUUUUUUAAGGAAUGGAAAGGGGAGUAGGGAAAGGAUUUAGGAUCUGUGGGGUCAGCUAGGUUUAUCUAGAGCAGAAUAAUGGGUUGUGGAGGGGUUGUGGAGGGAGGUACUGAGGAUAGGAGAGUAUAUGGGUUUGGCACCAUGAGGUGGAUAGGCAAAACAAUUUAGUUGAUAAGGCACAGAUCCUGAACUAACUUGUAAGACUUGUCUGGUUUUUGGACAGGUAAAAUGGGUGAAUUGUAAGGGAGUUUAUAGGCUUUAAAAGGCCAUGCUGUAACAGGCAAGUGAUAACAGGCUUUAAUCCUUUUAAAGCAUACUGUGGGAUGGGAUAUUGGUGUUGAGCGGGGUAAGGGUGAUUAGGUUUUAAUGAGAUGGUAAGGGGUGCAUGAUCGGUUGCUAAGGAGGGAGUAGAGGUGUCCCAUACUUGUGGAUUAAGGUGGGGAGAUACAAGGGGAGGAUGUGAAGGAGGCUUUGAACUGGGGAAAAGUGUGGCAAUGAGGUGUGGCUGUAGCCUAGGAAUAGUCAGGGAAGCAGAUAAUUUAGUUAAAAUGUCUCCACCUAAUAAGGGAGCUGGGCAGGUGGGGAUAACUAAAAAGGAGCGCAUAAAAGAAUGUUGUCCAAGUUGGCACCAGAGUUGGGGAGUUUUAAGAGGUUUAGAAGCCUGGCCAUCAAUACCCACAACAGUUAUGGAGGCAAAGAAAAUAGGCCCUUGAAAAGAAAGUAGCUCUCCCUCUCCCUCUCCCUCUCCCCACGGUCUCCCUCUCUUUCCACCGUCUCCCUCUGAUGCUGAGCCGAAGCUGGACUGUACUGCUGCCAUCUCGGCUCACUGCAACCUCCCUGCCUGAUUCUCCCGCCUCAGCCUGCCGAGUGCCUGCGAUUGCAGGCGCGUGCCGCCACGCCUGACUGGUUUUCGUAUUUUUUUGGUGGAGAUGGGGUUUCGCUGUGUUUGCCGGGCUGGUUUCCAGCUCCUAACUGCGAGUGAUCUGCCAGCCUCAGCCUCCCGAGGUGCCGGGAUUGCAGAUGGAGUCUUGUUCACUCAGUGCUCAAUGUUGCCCAGGCUGGAGUGCAGUGGCGUGAUCUCGGCUAGCUACAACCUCCACCUCCCAGCCGCCUGCCUUGGCCUCCCAAAGUGCCGAGAUUGCAGCCUCUGCCCGGCUGCCACCCCGUCUGGGAAGUGAGGAGCGUCUCUGCCUGGCCGCCCAUUGUCUGGGAUGUGAGGAGCCCCUCUGCCCGGCUGCCCAGUCUGGGAAGUGAGGAGCGCCUCUUCCUGGCUGCCAUCCCGUCUAGGAAGUGAGGAACGUCUCUGCCCGGCCGCCCAUCAUCUGAGAUGUGGGGAGCGCCUCUGCCCCGCCACCCCGUCUGGGAUGUGAGGAGCUCAUCUGCCCGGCCACGACCCCGUCUGGGAGGUGAGGAGCGUCUCUGUCCGGCCACCCCAUCUGAGAAGUGAGGAGCCCCUCUGCCCGGCAGCCACCCCAUCUGAGAAGUGAGGAGCCCCUCCGCCCGGCAGCCGCCCUGUCUGAGAAGUGAGGAGCCCCUCUGCCCGACCACCACCCCGUCUGGGAGGUGUACCCAACAGCUCAUUGAGAACGGGCCAUGAUGACGAUGGCGGUUUUGUGGAAUAGAAAAGGGGGAAAUGUGGGGAAAAGAUAGAGAAAUCAGAUUGUUGGCUGUGUCUGUGUAGAAAGAAGUAGCCAUAGGAGACUCCAUUUUGCUCUGUACUAAGAAAGAUUCUUCUGCCUUGGGAUGCUGUUGAUCUAUGACCUUGCCCCCAACCCUGUGCUCUCUGAAACAUGUGCUGUGUCCACUCAGGGUUAAAUGGAUUAAAGGCGGUGCAAGAUGUGCUUUGUUAAACAGAUGCUUGAGGGCGGCAUGGUCGUUAAGAGUCAUCACCACUCCCUAAUCUCAAGUACCCAGGGACACAAACACUGCGGAAGGCCGGAAGGCCGCAGGGUCCUCUGCCUAGGAAAACCAGAGACCUUUGUUCACUUGUUUAUCUGCUGACCUUCCCUCCACUAUUGUCCUAUGACCCUGCCAAAUCCCCCUCUGCGAGAAACACCCAAGAAUGAUCAGAAGAAAAAAAAAAAAAAAAAAAAAAGCUAGAAAAGAAAAAAAAAAAAAAAAGAAAAGUAAUGUGGAGUUGGUAGCCUCGUAUUGAUUAAGAAGGGGACGGACUUACCUUCCACUGUAAGAGUUACUGAAAGAGUCUGUGAUGGUCCAGGAGGCUUCUGAGGCAAUUGGGCAGUGCCAGUCUUCAGCCGCUAAGCCGAGAAGAUCUGGGAAGGAGUCAGUCAGAGAGCCUUGGGCUAGGGUUCCAGGGGCUCUGGGUGUGGCUGCCAGGCAAGCUGGACAGUCCGAUUUCCAGUGGGGUCCCUCACAGAUGGGACAUGGUUUAGGAGGAAUCCCGGGCUGCAGGCAUUCCUUGGCCCAGUGGCCAGAUUUCCAGCACUUAAAGCAAGAUCCUGGGGGAGGAGGUCCUGAAGGAACGCCUGACCACUGUGGCUUAGGUGUUUUGAAGUUCUUGUGUGCUGGAGAUGUGGCUGGGGUUCCUCUCACAGCAGAGGCAGGUAAUUGCAACUCUUCUCUAUUAUUGUACACCUUGAAGGCGAGGUUAAUCAAGUCCUGUUGUGGGGUUUGAGGGCCGGAAUUUAAUUUUUGGAGCUUUAUUUAAUGUUGGGAGCGGAUUGGGUAAUAAAAUGCAUAUUGAGAAUAAGAUGGCCUUCUGACCCUUCAGGGUCUGGGGCUGUAAAGCAUCUAAGGGUUGUUGCCAAAUGGGCCAUGAACUGGGCUGGGUUUUUAUAUUUGAUAAAAAGGAGCCUAAACGCUAACUGAUAUGGGAGAGGUCGGAUAAAGAAAAAGGAGCAUUAACCUUGACUGUGCCUUUAGCUCCAGCCACCUCUUUAAGAUGAAAUUGUUGGGCAGGUCAGGGAGGGCUAGUCAUGGAACGAAACUGUAAACUGGACCAGGUGUGAGGAGGGGAGGUGAUAAAAGGAUUAUAGGGUGGGGGAGCGGAGAAUGAGGAAGAAUUGGGACCUGGCUCAGCCUAGCAAGGAGCAGCCUGGGGCGGAGGGGAGAGGUCAGAUGGGUCCAUAGAAAAGGAAGAUUGGAAAGACUUGGCAACGCUUAGGGUUGGGACUGAGGGGACAGGCAGGAGGGAAAGAAGGAAUAUUUGGGACGAGUUGCAUUGGGAACAGAGACUAGGGAGGGACUGUUGUGUAAAAGAAUGCCUGGACAUCAGGCAUCUCAGACCAUUUGCCCAUUUUACGACAAGAAUUAUCUAGAUCUUGUAGGAUGGAAAAAUCGAAAGUGCCAUUUUCUGGCUAUUUGGAACCAUUGUCGAGUUUGUAUUGGGGUUAAGCAGCAUUGCAGAACAAAAUAAGGCAUUUAGGUUUUAGGUCAGGUGUGAGUUGAAGAGGUUUUAAGUUCUUGAGAACACAGGCUAAGGGAGAAGGAGGAGGAAUGGAGGAUGGAAGGUUGCCUAUAGUGAAGGAUGCAAGCCCAGAGAAAAGAGAGGGUAGAGACACAGAGAGAAGGGUUGGGGGGUGCUUGCCCCCCAGGAAAGUGGUGCUUGCCACUAAGGGUGAAGGAUCAAGGCAGGCAUCCCUGCAGUGAUCAGACACCUCUGAAACAUGGGUGAAUAAUCAAGCAGGUGUCCCCGCAGUGAUUAAACACCAAGGGAAGACUGUCUUCCAGAGUCCGUUACCAGCACCGGCGUUUUGGGUUCAUGGAUAAAAUGCGUCUUCUCUGUCUCUACCAGAAAAGGAAAGGAACUGAAAUUAAGAGAAGGGAGAGAUUGAAGGAUGGCGGCAAGGUUGAAAGGAGAAAGAGGUUGAGGGAUAGUGAGAGAGGUUGGAGAAGAGAGUAAAAAGAGGCCACUUACCCGAUUUAAAAUUGGUGAGAUGUUCCUUGGGCUGGUCGGUCUGAGGACCCGAGGUCGUAGGUGGAUCUUUCUCAUGGAGCAAAGAGCAGGAGGACAAGGGAUUGAUCUCCCAAGGGAGGUCUCCCAGUCCGAGUCACAGCACCAAAUUUCAUGUGCAUCUGUGUGAAGAGACCACCAGGCUUUGUGUGAGCAAUAAAGCUUUUUAAUCAUCUGGGUGCAGGCAGGCUGAGUCCGAAAAGAGAGUCAGCGAAGAGAGGUAGGGGUGGGGCCGUUUUAUAGGAUUUGGGUGGGUAGUGGAAAAUUAUAGUCAAUAGGGGUUGUUCUCUGGUGAGCAGGGGCGGGGGUCACAAGGUGCUCAGUGGGGGAGCUUCUGAGCCAGGAGAAGGAAUUUCACAAGGUAAUGUCAUCAGUUAAGGCAGGAACCAGCCAUUUUCACUUCUUUUGUCAUUCUUCAGUUACUUCAGGCCAUCUGGAUAUAUAUGUGCAGGCUUGGGCCCAGAGGCCUGACACUAAUUAUUGCUGUAUAAAUGUUGAAUGAAUGGAUGGGUGAAUAAGUUCAUAGGGUAUGUAUAUUAUCUGAGUUUAUUGCCUCUAGUUUCAUUUUUGCAGCUAAUCUUAUUGAACUUGUUUUGUUUUUGUUUUGUUUUGUUUUGAGAUAGAGUCUCACUCUGUUGCCAGGCUGGAGUGCAGUGGCACAAUCUCAGCUCACUGCAACCUCCACUUCCCAGGUUCCUGGUUUCAAGUGAUUUUCCUGCCUCAGCCUCCCAAGUAGCCAGGACCAUAGGCAUGCGCCACCAUGUCCGGCUAAUUUUUGUAUUUUUGGUAGAGGUGGGGUUUCACCAUGUUGGCCAGGCUGGUCUCAAACUCCUGACUUCAAGUGAUCUGCCCCCCCUUGGCCUCCCAAAGUGUUGGGAUUACAGGCAUGAGCCACCAUGCCCAUCCUGAACUCAUUGUUUUAUAUCUUAAUCUAGAUUUUAAACACUUGGAGAAGAGAGACUGUUUUAUUUAUAUGGUAUUUUUCAUAGUAUCUAAAACAUAGGUGUUCAAUGAACACUUAUUAAAUUUAUUCAUCAACAUGUCCAAGUAAAUCUGAUCAUUCCUAAAUUCUUAUUCAGUUUCAUAUAAUAUAAUAUUAUUUCUUGAGAGGUGUCAGUAUCCUGCCCCUACUAAGAAUCUUUUAUAACCUGGAAUGCAAUAAGCAUGCAUCUCAGGGUAUUUAAAUAGGAACACAUCAGGAGUUGUUUUAUUUUUAAAUAAUAAUUGAUUAAUUAGGGACAUAUGUGUGUAUGCCACUUCUCAGUCAAGAGUAUAAUGCCACAGACUCUUAAGAGUGAACUACCCUCUUUAUGACUUACUGCAAUGAUGAACUUGUAGAUAGUUGUAAUUUCAACCUUUAAUUUCUAAAAUUCCUAUGUGUCAGAAAUAGCCUAUCUUUUAUGUUAAUGGAUUAAAUCACUUCAGUUUGAUGUUUAUACUGUUAUUUUUAUUUUUAAGAGGUAAAUUAUUGCUGAUACUCUAUAAUUCAGAUGUGUGUCCCUAUAAGAAUCAUUCUUUAUAUUAUAAGGAAAUACCUUUCAAAACUUAGCUUCAUCCGUUUUCAUAUUCACUAUAAUUCACAACUACCAUUGUCAGCAAAAAUCUACAUUUUCUGAAUGUAGAUUACUCUUCUUCUUUGUAAAACAAUUUGUAAUAAAUACUUCAUGAUAAACUAAUAAUCACAGUUAAAAAUUACUACAUGAAGGAGAAAGCUACAUGUGUUCUAGUUCCCUAGACAACAACAGUAAUGAGUCAUGGCUCACUUUAGUAUAAAAACUCAAUGAUUAUAGACCUAUUUACAGACAAUUAUUCACAGAGAAAGUAAAUGAACAUAUAUUAUUAGUUGAGAGGAAUAACUGCAGUCUCACACAAAGAAUUGUUAUCAGAUAAAUCUUUUAGUGAAAAGAAGAAACAAACAGGUCAUAAAAGAAAGCCUUUUGUUUAAGUCAGAUUUUUAGUUUUGUAGGAAAAAAGUCGGGUUUAAAGGUCAAGUCUCAAGAAAUUUUGAACAUGCAGGAAGACUGAGUGAGAAAAACUGAAAUUUCAAUAUGUAAAACUGCUUUUUAAAGUAUUUAAUAUAGAGAAUAAAGAACAUCGAGCACCUAAAUUGGGAUUCAUUUUGUUGAGCCAUCCAAAUGCUAAUCCCUUCACUGUCAGCAACCAACAAGUGUGUAUUAUGUUUUUCAAAAAUGAAAGAAGAAGCUUAACGCACAGGUAUUGUUUUCCUUUGCUGCUCUAUUUUAUUUUAAGCAAUUUAUUUCUUCAUGAUACCAACUUCAGUUGUUUGUAAUGCUAAUGAGAGAGAUUAACAAAUGUUUUAUGGAAAGAGAAUACUACUUGACCAUUUUAUGGUAGAUUAUAACACAUAAAUGGGUCCAAGCAAGCAGCAUAUUCUGUAGUUAAGUAUGCUCUAAAAUUUAUUAAAUUGAGAAAGAGGGGAUAAAAUAGUGUUUCUUAUAAAAACAUCAUAGGGAGACAACAUUCAAAUUCUAAAUAUUAACUGUUAUUUCAAAAAUUAUUUCUUUGGGGAGUAUCUAGAUUAUGGACAUCCUGAAAACAUGCCUUCUUCAUUAUUAUUAACAUCUAUGAAAUUAUAUAUAUUUAAGGAAGCAUUUUUAUUACAUUACAGUGUUCCCGAGUAAGUUCCCUUUUGUGUUGAUUGUUUUUUGUUUUGUUUUUGUUUUUUGAGAUGGAGUCUUGCUUUCAUUACCCAGGCUGGAGUGCAAUGGCGUGGUCUCGGCUCACUGCAACCUCCGCCUCCCAGUUCAAGUGAUUCUCCUGCUUCAGCCUCCCAAGUAGCUGGGAUUACAGGCACCUGCCACCAUGCCCAGCUAAUAUUUUUGUAUUUUUAGUAGAGACGAUGUUUCAUCAUGUUGGCCAGGCUGGUCUCGAACUCCUGACCUCAGGUGAUCCGUCCGCCUCUGCUGAUUGUUUUAUAAUAAUAGUUGUAUCCACUGUGUUUCUUGUUUAUUAUCUUACCAUUUGGUGGAUGGAUGAUAAUUAAAUGAACAGUAACAUUGAGUGAGGUUGUUCUUGAGGUCUACCCUUUACAAAUGAAAGAAAUAGCAAACAGAAGCAAUGUUUUAUUCUUUUCUUUAAUCAUUUUCCCCAUCAUGCUAAUCUAAAAUAACAAGAAAGUAUACAAUGGGCAAAUAUGUUUUAAAACCAAAAUCCUUAAUUCUCAUAUUUUUGUACUCAAAAUCUUGACAGAUGAUUUAUAAUAGUAGGUGCUUCAUUUGAAAAAUGUUUAAUACUAUUUUUAAUGAUAGAUAUGAAUAUGUAUUUUAUAAGUAUAUUUUAUCAGCAAACUACUAGUAAUUACAUUGCUUGUAAUCUUUCCUCUGAAUUUAGCAGUAGUGAGGAUAUUUCUUCCAAGAGUUAUGGAUAUAUCUGCUGAGACAGUUAUUUCGAGGUGGACAGGAUUUAAUGCUACUUUUCCAAAGUAGUGUCCAUUUAGGCAGAUGGUGAGAAUUUAAAGAAAACUGGGAAAUACUAAUUGCAAAAAUGUUUUUCUCUCCAGAAAACUUGAGAUUUAAUUUAGAAAAGAGGCAGUUUUUAUCCUUGGUGUAUUUAUGUUCUUAGAAUAGAGUAGAACUUAAGAAAUACUGAAUGCAGCCUAGGACAAAGGAACUUAAUUUUAAACAUUUUAAAUUGAAUGAAAUUGUUUAUUAGCAGGUUUCCAGUCUCAUAAUCACAUUUGUGCUGUGGAUUCAGUAGAGGCUUAUAAUGAGUCAGAAAGAAAUCUAUUUGAAAGUUACGUUGAAUUUUAUGCAGGGAAAAGAAUAAUUCUGGUCAUAAAGUUAUUGUUCAUGAUGAGCCAGUAUAUAAAUUUCCUGAUGUUUAUUUUAAGCAAAUAGAUGUAAAUUUCCAUAAUUGAAAAUGAACAUGCUCCUGCAAGUACCACGUGUUUGUAUUCCCGGAGCUCCUGUUAGAGUAAAAUACACAUUUUUAGGUGUUGAUUAUGCAAAGAUGUUCUGGUAAAAAGGCUAAUUCUCCAUAGUACACAUGUUAGAAUUGAAAUAGUAGUGCCAGCUUACCUGGGUACUUCACAAGGUUGUGAAGAUUAAAUGAGGUAAAGUAUGUGAAAACCUUUGAACUAACAAAUAUUAGUUGCAUCUCUGAGAUAAAACAGGUGUCCUUAAUUUAAUUUGAGUAAUUCUACCAUUUUUGGUAAUGAUAUUCUCUAAUCUUACAAAAGGUAUACAUUAUUUUCUUUCCUAUAUCUCUUAGAAUUGUUUUUAUAGGCUAUACCUUAGCUAUUUACCAUGUCCUUUUUAUAGUCAGUCACUUUUGGGGCAACUAAUGAUUAGAAUGGUACUAAAUUACUUUUUUUUUUCUAGUAGGAAAAGCUAACAGAACUAAUAGAAACUGAAAACUUGAGUUUGGUGCACAUAGUUUUGUUAUAUUUUGGAAUUACCUGAUAUUAUAAUCAAAUUAUAUACAGUCAUGCACCACACAUAAUGUUUCAGUCAACAACAGAUCACAUAAUUGAUGGUGAUCCCAGAUUAUUACACGGUCUUAUCACCAUAAAUUUUUUUUGGUGUUUUUGCUGUGUUUUGUUUUGUUUGAGAUAGGGUCACUCUGUUAGGCUGGAGUGCAGUGGCACAAUCAAGAUUCACUGCAACCUUGACCUCCUGGGCUCAUCAGCCUCCCGAGAAGCUACUAUACCUUUUAUAUGUUCAAAUAUGCUUAGAUACACAAAUACUUACCAUUGUGUUACAGUUGCCUACAGUGUUCAGUACGGUAACCUGCUGUACAGGUUGGUAGCCUAGGAGCAAUAGGCAAUACCAUCUAGGUUUGUGUAAGUACACUCUGUGAUGUUCCCACAAUGACAAAAUUGCCAAACAGUGCAUUUCUCAGACCGUUUCUGUGUCAUUGACAUGUGACUAUAAUUUGUAUGAUAAAAGUUAUAACAUAUCUAAAGAGAAUAAGAUAUAUUUUACUUUAUGGAUAGCAGCAUAUUAGAAGUACCUUUUUUGUUAGUCAAUUUACUUUCGGUGGUAUAUUUCUCCCUGAAAUGAAAAUUAGCACUGUCCUUUAAGCUGUGUUAAAGUUAAGAAAAAUUUUUAUACCAGCUCAUUUGUGAUUUGUCACAAAAUAUUAAAGAAUUACUAGAUAGGAGAAAUCUGCCAUUUUAGUGCCAAAGUUGUUAGAUAUUCAAGACCAAGUUUAUGUUUGCAUUUGAGGGUUGGUAUAAAGUUGGGAGCAUCUGCAGUCUCUGGAUUCACAUCAUGGAUCCCACUUCAUCCCAACUGUGUGUCCUUGGGUGAAUAUUCAGCCUCUCUGUGCCUCAUUUUCUUCAUUUGUAAAAAGAGAUAGUAAUGAUAAUAGCUACCUUAUAGAUUUUUUGUGAGGAUUAAAGGAGUUAGUCCAUGUAGAGUCCGUAGAACAGCAGCUGACAAAGAAUGGGAACUUGCUAAAUGCUAUUUUUAUUUGAUCUUAUCCAUGUAUGAAUAAAUUUAAUGUUCUAAUUUUGUGGUAAUCUUAAUUAGAUACUAGUCCGCAAGUAAAAAAUCAUUGCAUUGUAUUUUUUCAAGUUUCAAAAUCAGAAGGGACAUACCAAGCUGGAAAAGAAGAAGGUAAAAGUACCGUUAUUACAACAGAAGUAGCUAGUAAUAACUGUUUUCAGGAACUAAAUAUAAUUCAAGCCUCAAAUGUUUUUGAGAUACAACUUUUUGGAAAUAUAUUCUGAGUAGGGCCAGGCGCGGUGGCUCACACCUGUAAUCCCAGCACUUUGGGAGGCCAAGGUGGGCAGAUCACAAGGUCAGGAGAUUGAGACCAUCCUGGCUAACAUGGUGAAACUCUGUCUCUACUAAAAAUACAAAAAAUUAGCCAGGCGUGGUGGCGGGCGCCUGUAGUCCCAGCUACUUGGGAGGCUGAGGCAGGAGAAUGGCGUGAACCCAGGAGGCAGAGCUUGCAGUGAGCCAAGAUCACACCACUGCACUGUAGCCUGGGCAACAGAGCGAGAUCCCAUUUCAAAAAAAAAAAAAAGAAGAAAGAAAUAUAUUCUGAGUAAUUAUUAAGAUGACUGAAUUAUAAAUAUUCUUUAAAUAAAUGCACUUUUAUUAUUUUCAGGCAUGCGUAGUAACUCAUAUUACAUUGAUACAUAUCAAGCAGCUUAAACCAGGCUAUUCUGAAGUAACAAAUCCUGAAACUUUUAAAUGCCCACAACAAAGGUUUAUUUCUUACUUAUGCCACAUGUUUAUUGUGGGUCAAUUAUGGCUCUAUUCCAUGUUUUCUUCACUGUAAGAUCCAGACUGAUUGGGCAGGUUCUUUCUGAAACUUUCUUGGUUGUCAUGGCAGAGAGCAUAGAAAACUAAUCCUUGUCUUUUAAAGCUUUUGCCCAAAAUUGACACAUGCCACUUCCAUUUACAUUUCAUUGUCUAAAGCAGGGGUUGGCAAACUUUUUCUGUAAAGUGCCAGAGAGUUCAUUUUUUUUUUUUUUAGGUUCCACAUAUGGUCUCUGUCGCAUUUUUUUUUUUUACAAUUCUUUUUAAAAAUGUAAAACCUUUCUUAGCAUGCUGGCUGUACAAAAAAACAGACCACAUGCCACAUUCAGUUUGCCUCCUGUAGUUUGCUUACUUCUGAUCCAAAAGCAAGUCUUAUGGCCAAGCCUGGGAUCAACAGUGAGGGUCAGUGAAUAACUGUAAACAAUAUUCCAUACCAUGAAUUGUAAGAUUAAUAUAAUCUGUAUAUUCACCUUAUGAUUUGCAUAUCAGUCAGUAGUUUGUAAAUAAAUUUGUGCUUUUAUAGUACAUGAAUUUGCUCUCUUGGGACAUUCUCUUUUACAUCUUACUUAAAUAAUAGAUUUGCAUAACAAAGCCUUUCCUAAAUACUCAACUGUGUCCAGUUAUCACAGUUCCUGAAUCCAAGUGUUUAAUUUAUAAAAAUAUUAUUGAAUGUGAAAUACUUAAAUAUCUGACAAGUCAUAGUAUGUGUUAAACAAGUUGGCCUGGACUGGCACUGCCAAAAGAAAAUGCAAGAAAGAGUUUAUUUUUACAGUUAAAGAUAGUGGAUUAGGCACAUAUAAUUAUUUAUUCUUCCUGUAAUCUCCACUGAAAUGGUAGUGUCAUAGUUUACAACAAUAAAUACAUAUAUAUAUACAUUCACAUUUAUACCCAUAAAGUCCAAAUAGCUGGAAAGAGGGCAUCAGCAGAUGAGACAUACCACCUUCUGAAGACAUUGUGGGUGGAGGCUGGUAACUGACUCUUUAGAAAGAAUGGAGAUAACUGAGCAUAAAGUGCACACAGAAGGAGAGAACUAAUCUGAUCACACAGCCGUGAAUACUACCAGGUACAGCAUGGGGUAGCAUGAAUCUGGGGAUUAAAAACAAGAUAAUCACUAAAAGCCUGUGAGAUGUAUAGUUGUAUUUCCAUCCAACAUGAAGAAUAGUGUCAGGCUUGUGUCUAGCCCUUGGGCAGUAAAUAUCAUAAGUUUCUUGUCUGGAAAAUCUCAAGAUUCCAAGCAAAGAUUGCCCCAUACUGACAUUUAAGAGUCCCCAGGGAAAUUGCCUUAUCUCCAUCUAAUCAUGUUUAUGCCUGUCAGUGAACAAGUUGCAUUUAAACGUUUAGAGUUUUUUGGGGAAUGUAUUCUUAAAUAUAAACAGGCAAUCAUGGCUGAGGAGACACUAAGGGAAAGCCUCCACCAGGAAAGAGAAAAUCCAGGAUAAACAGAAAAUAAAAUUAUGCAACAGAAAGGGUCCAUAAUGGAAAGAUGACAAGAAAACUAAAAACUAAUUUUAAUUAGUGUUUUCAGAAAGAUGUGAGAAGACAAAUUUUUUUAAAAGAGAAAAAAUGCUCAGAAAAAGGAACAGUCAUAGAAAAAAGGGGCUCUUGUAAAUUACAAGUAUGAUCACCAAAACAAAGCAAAUAGUAGAAGGGUCAGUACGAGGAUUGGCAAACUAUGGCCUUCCACCUGUUUUUGUAAAGAAAGGUAUACUGGAACCCAGCACUGCCUAUUUGUUUUCAUAUUGUCUAUGGCUGCUUUCAUGCUACAACAGCAGAGUGAGUAGUUAUGACAGAGAUCAUAUGCUCAUAAAACCAAAAAAUUUACUAUCUGGCCUUUUACAGAAAAAGUUUGCUAACCCAUUAAUUAGAAGACAGAAAUGAAAAAAAAAUAAAUAAAUAACUCCAGGAAAUAUAAAAGGAAAAUAGAGUGGAAAAGAAACAGAUGGAAAGAUUUAAAAAAGGAUUGGAGACUUAGACAAUCCAGGAGGAUUUAACAUAUGACUAACAGGUGAUUCAUAAAGAAAGAAAACAGAGGGGAGGAAGUUGUAUUAAAAAUACAAGGCAAUGUGCCAAAGCUGAAGAGCUUGUCUCCAAAUAAAGGAUCUGAACAAGAAAUGAAAAAAUCCAGACCUAGACACAUCAUUGUGAAAUUUUAGAACACCAGGGGUAAAAGAAAAUCCGGAAAGACCCCCUGAUGACAUAAAAAUUAGAAAGAUCAGAAGGGCAUCAAACUUUUCAACUGCAAAGCUAGAUGCAACAAGACAGUUAAGCUAAGGCUUCAAAAUGGUAAAGAAACAUGAUUUUCACUAUAUUAAGUGUUUCGAUGUAUAAUCUCCUUAAAUUCUAAACACAACGCUAUUAUGGGUAGGUGUCAUUAUUUAAUCCCCAUUUUACCGAUGACAAAACUGUAAUUUUAUAACUGACUAUCUCAAAGUCACUGUGUUACAUUUGAUUGCUUGGCAAACUACAAAUAUUCCCAGCCCUUUCUAGUUUUUUUGGUGUGGUUUUUUUUUUUUUUCCUGUACUUCAAGAGAAAUAUGUUUGAGAUUCUGUAGCAUUCUGGAUGCUAAUCAGGUUCCAACAAUUAAACACAUCUGUGCAUGAUUUGCAAAGUUAAAGUGAAGGCAGAGGCCAUUUUCUUACUGCUUCAGGCAGGCAAGUUCAACGAAAGAUGUUUUUCCUCCUCCAGUAACAUUCUUUUUCUUUUUUUUUUAGAUUCAGGGGGUAGGUGUCCAUGUUUGUUACAAGGAUAUACUGCAUAAUGCUGGAGUUUGAGCUUCUAUUGAACCCAUCACCCAAAUAGUGAGCAUAGUACCCAAUGAGUAGUUUCUCAAUCCUUAACCCCAUCCGACCCUCCCCACUUUUGAAAUUCCCAGAGUCUGUUGUUUCCAUCUUUAUGUGUACCCAUUAUUUAGUUCCCACUUACAAGUGAGAACAUAUGGAUUUGAUUUUCUGUUUCUGCGCUAAUUCACUUAGGGUAAUGGCCUCCAGCUGCAUUGGUGUUGCUGCAAAGGAUAUGAUUUCAUUCUUUUUUAGGGCUUCAUGGUAUUCCAUGGUGUAUAGUAGCUAGUUUACCGCUUCAUGUACACUAAGAGGUAAUUGCAAUGGCUGUGAAGACUUUCUGAUCUCUUGAUCAAACUAAGAUAGUAUGUUUUUUAAGUCAUAUCUUCCUGCCUUCCCACUACUUAGUAGCUCCUUUGGGGGAUCAGCUUUUCAGUGUUCUAGGAGUCAUUUCUGCAGAACUAGCCUAAACCUUGCUACUCCAGCUCUUCUAACAAUUUUGUAAGCACCUAAUUUUCUGAAUUAAAUCUCUUUCUUAAAAUACCCAAAGUGAUUUCUUUUUCCUUCACUGAUUCCUGACUGAUGUAGUUCACAGAAGUUUAGUAUUAAUGAUAGAAUAAGAGGUUUUCAGAUUUUAAAAUUAUAUCUAGGCAGUCCAUGCUAUACUAAAACACUGCCAGUCAUAACCAGGGUUUGAUUCUAGUUAAAAUGGUUUCUUAACAUAUAAUGUCUAAGAAUAAUUACAUUAGUGGAAAGAGGUAAAGAAAGGCAACGUCCGGCCAGGCACGGUGGCCCAUGCCUGUAAUCCCAGCACUUUGGGAGGCCGAGGAGGGCAGCUCAGGAGGUCAGGAGAUCGAGAUCAUCCUGGCCAACAUGGUGAAACCCCAUCUCUACUAAAAAUACAAAAAUUCACUGUGUGUGGUGGUGCGCACCUGUAAUUCCAGCUAUGCGGGAGCCUGAGGCAGGAGAAUUGCUUGAACCAAGGAGUCAGAGGCUACUGUGAGCUGAGAUCACCCCACUGCACUCCAGCCUGGCGACAGAGUGAGACUCCGUCUCAAGAAAAAAAAAAACAGAAAGGCAACAUCCACUUACUUUCUUCAGCUUGAAAAGUGCUUCCGUGUACUGGGUGCAAUUUUAAGCAUGAUAUAUAUUAACACGUUUACCCCUGAGAUAGGUACUAUUAUCCUUAAUUUAUGGCCAAAAAAAAAAAAAAAGGCAUAGAAAGGUUAACUGAAUUGCCCAAAGUCACAUGCUUAAGAAGAGGCAGAGUGAGGAUUUAAAUUCAUCUGUCUCCACAGUCUGUUCUUUCAGCUAUUCUAUACUUUAUCAUUAUAUCUUUGUAACACUAAAUUUGACCUGAAAGGGGGUUAAAUUUGUCUGGGAUUGUUGAUAGAACCAAGUUUAAAGUAUGAACAUGUUUUUAUUCCCAUGUAAUUUGUUUUUUAUUAGAUGUGAAAAUCUUUCAGAAUCCCUAAAAUGUCAAGAUUGUGAUUUUUAGGACAAAAAUACAAUGUAAAGUAGAUCCAGAAAUGAGAACUAAAAGUACUCUUUUCAUCAUCGGUACUGGUAUGCUGCUGAAAAUAUAUUAUGACCAAAAUAAUUUUAUGAAAAAGUGCUGAAUUCUCUCUUUGUGGAUCCUUGCCAUUUCUUUUUAAAUUUUGGUCCUUUUGGAUGUUUCUCACCAUUUUCCUCUGAAUCUUUUAUGGUUCUGUACCCUAGGAUGUAUCAUGAAAUAUGUUAACUCACUUAAAAUUUCAUAGCUCUGAUCAAUUUAACAGUUUACUAAAUUGUGUGAGUGACAUAUAGAGAAAGAAGUAGAGGCUUUUGAUAAUGUUAUGUUCCUUAGUGGAUGGGGUUCUAUGGCUGUUGAGUGGGCAGGGGCUUGGAUAUUUAAAAUAGGAAAAAUGGUAAAAUGUGCUUUCACAGGUAGUCCCUACCUAAUGAAUGUGUUGUGGUCCCAUACUCAUUUAUAAGUUAAAAGUUCAUUUGCAAGUCAGCAUGUAGAAGUUUGAACUAAAGCUGAGUAUUAUAAAAGCACUAAAGAUUCUAGGAGAACGUAAGUACCACUUAGACUUUAUUUUCAUUGGAUAAUGAGGUAGACAUAUUUCCCAUUCUCACCCUCACUCCCAGGGCAGUGGCUUGAGCAAUCUAUAAGUGGAGAUCCUCAGGGAGUUGCUAAGGAGACCCUCUAUUGAGGACUUUGGCGGGGGAGGUGACAGUGUAAGUAUGGCUGUGUUGGUGGUGGCUACAGCAGAUGCCCUCAGCAAACUUCCUCUUAGAUUCCAUUGGCUAGGAUUUGGUCAUAUACCCAUGGCAUCUGCCAGAAAGACUAGAAAUGCAAGUGCUGGCAUUUUUAGUCUCCAAAGUAGGAGGAGAGCCCUUCCAACAAGAAAUGAAGAGGUUGGCAGUGGCUGUUGAGCAGGCAAGCAACAGUGUUCACUGUGGCUUACAACCAGGAAUUUUGGUAGCGGUCUUCAAAUUCAUGCUUUAAUAUGAAACUAUCCUUCUGGAUGAAUGUACCUAAAAUGAAUAAUUUCUCCUUUAAGUUUCUCCUCUCUUUCCAAGUAUAUAAUAUUUUAUUUUUAAAAUUGGAUGAUCAGGGCAGGGCACAGUGGCUCACUCCUGUAAUCCCAGCACUUUGGGAGGUCGAGGUGGGUGGAUCACCUGAGGUCAGUAGUUCGUGACCAGCCUGGCCAACAUGGUGAAACCUCGUCUCUACUAAAAAUACCAAAAAUUAGCUGGGCAUGGGGGCGGGCGCCUGUAGUCCCAGCUACUCGGGAGGCUGAGGCAGGAGAAUUGCUUGAACCUGGGAGGCGAAGGUUGCAGAUUGUGCCCAAUAUUGCGCCAUUGCACUCCAGCCUGGGCAAAAAGAGAAAAUCCAUCUCAGUAAAAUAAAAUAGGAUGAUUAGAUCUAUGACUAUUAAUUAUUUUCAAGGUAGACUUUUAAGGCCAGGUAUGGUGGCUCAUGCCUGUAAUCCCAGCACUUUGGAAGGCUGAGGCAGGACGAUCGCUUGAGGUCAGAAGUUCGAGACCAACCUGGACAACACAGGGAGACCCAGUCUCUACAAAAAAUGUUUUAAAAAAUUAGUUGGGCAUGGUGACACAUGCCUGUGGUCCCGCUACUUGGGAGGCUGAGGUGGGAGGAUUGCUUGAGGCUGGGAGAUUGAGGCUGCAGUGAGCCAUGGUCACACCAUUGUACUCUAGCCUGGGUGACAGAGCGAGACCCUGUCUCAAAAAAAAAAAAAAGUAGAUGUAUAUAUGUAGCUCUUCACUAGUAAACAGCUAUCUUAUAUUGUAAAUGCAAACAAAAGUUUGCAACUCAUAUACAAUAUUUAUUUUUCCUUUCAUCUUCUUUUAAUAAUAACUUAGACUUGUUUACCUUUGGAAAAUAUUUUUCACUUUUAUAUUACAUUAGAAAUGCCACUCUUUAAAAAUCAAUAUUUAAAAUGCAAAAUUCGUAGCUGAAGUGUUUGUUCUGAAACAGAUCCACUACCCUCUUAUGUCCUACAGAAUUUCUGAGUAAGCUCUGCCAAUCAUUUGCAUCAGAAUCUUAUGGAAUACGAACAGUGUCUAUUUCGGGGACUCAACACUAGAUCCACUAAAUCAGAAUCACUGGAAAGCAGCCUAGGAAUCUAUUUUAAACAAAUUGCCCAAGUGAUAGUAGCAUACACUAAAAUAUCAGAACCACUGAUACAUAAAUUGUUUUCCCGAAGAACAUUGUGGAUAUGAGUGAGUUGAAGUACAUAUUUUGGAAUAAGUUCUGAGGACAUAUUUUGGUCUGUUUUUUUGUGUUUCAUCAGAUUUUUCCAUCUUUUACUGCCUUUGUUUUCCUUUUCAAAUAUUUAGCAAUGUAUGUUCCUUAGGUAUCCAAAAAAAUAGCUUCAAGAGUAGAAUUAUAAAGAAGUACAAAUGAAAUUAUAGUAAAAAUAUUAAGAAAAGUUUCCUUUUUAGAAAUCCCCUACCAUCAUUUAAUCAUAUAAAAAGCCAGAGAUUACACUGAAUAAUUAUUUGCAUCAGUUAAGAUUCUGUCAGUUUCAAGUGAAUGCACACCAACUCAAAAUGGUUUAAGCAAUAAUAAAGACCUAGAGAGUAGGCCUUUCUUCAGGCAUGACAGAAAUAAUAUUACCAAGGUGCUGGUUUCUCUUUCUACUCUCUUCCCCGACCCUGCCUUCCAUGCAUCAGCUGCAUAAUCAGGUUUCACAUAAUGGCCCUCUUGAAACUCCUUGUGUCUCACUGAGUUGUGUGCCCAUUCCAGAACCAAUCACAGUGGCUACAAGGAUGGGACGCACUGAUUAGCUUAUGCCCUGGAGCUUCUGGUUGGUCGGUCACCUUCCAAAUCACAUUAGAUGAAAGUUAGAAAGGAGUUAAGUUCAUGGUACCACCACUAAAAGGAAGUGAUGAAUGGAUGCUAGGGACAUAACCAGCUAAUGUCUACUAUAAUAUUUAUUUAAACUUUCUUGAUAAUAAUGUUCACUAAACCUUUAGUGAUUGGACAUAAUAUACAUGAAAUCCUAUUUUAAUCAGUUUGAUGCUGCCUCAGAAUUAGGCAGAAUUUUCUGCACAUUGCCUUUAGGAAACUUGAGGUCUAUUUCACACAAUCAGUGUCUUUCUAAUAUGCUUAAUUGGCUAUGAGCUAAGUAAGCCCUGAAAACGGUGAUUCUCAAUCUUAAUUACACUAGAAUGAGUUGGAGAGUCUUCAAAGUAAAGAUGCUCAGGCUCCCACUUAGACCUGUUGAUUUGUGGGGCCUGAGUAUCUGUAUCUUGUAAAAGCUCUACAAGAGCCUCUAAUACCAAAACUGCAUCAAUUGUCAUUGCCCCACAGAAUCUAUCUUACUUUCAUAUCUUCUUCUUCACUGUCAUUUUCUGGAUAGCCCCAGGAUUGCAAUGAGUCACUGUUGAGUUCUGAAAUAUCUGUCGGGUCUGACCAUAGACUUAACAUGAAACAAACCAUAUCAUUCAGAAAACUAUUAUAAAACUGUUUUUUCCAAAACUGCUCAAACUGCAACCAGCUAAACGAAUGGAAAGAAGUACUUAUACACACUAUUAAAUGUUAACCAUUUCAUUGCCCUUGGCUUCUUUCAAAAUUUUACAUUUCAUAUACACUGUAAAAUAUUAAAAUUAUUUAUCUCCUUGAUUCAUUAGAAGCUUAGUACAUUUUGAGAGCAGAAAAAAACAAAAAACAUUUUAAGAUGGAUUAAAGUCAUUAUGACCAUGAGAAAAAAAAUGGUUUUUUUUCCAGUGUUCAUUGUAUGUAACCUAGAGUAUUAUAGAUUACAUUUUUCUUUGGAUUCAGUUUAUUUAAACAAAGUUUAUUGUGGCAUUGAAGAUAUUAGAACUAAAUUUUUAAGAAACUGACAAAUUCAUCAUUUCCUGGGCUUCACUGGUCAUUUAGGAAUACUGAUGUGGAAAAUAGGCCAAGUGGCCCAUUAAUUAUCCACAAGGCCAUUUUUACGGUGUAUAGUCCCACCUGGACUGUCCUGAACUUCACAGUGUAAAAUGACAGAAGGAAUGAAAAUGACAUUAAAAGAUUUGUUCCAAAAUACCACAUCGUGAUAAAGUGAAAUAGAAACCAUUGCUAUUUCUAUAGCCAUUAACUUUCCAUUUCCUGAGAAAUGCUUUUAAUACUCUAUGAGGAUAUGUACAGAAACAACAGUAAUAACAUCAUAUGUAAUAACUCAGGUAGCUAGAGAAUUCACGAUGAAGUUGGUCUCAGAAAUAUCCUUCUGUAUUCCUAUUUUAAUGUACAUAUAAAUCAUAUUUUGCCAUUAUAUUUGUCAGUAACUUAUUCAUAACAUUUGAAAUUUGAAUCAGAAAUAAUCUUCAAACAGUCUGUUUUGUGGCAUAAGAGAAUUGUUAUUACCACUUUAACGUUUAAGAAAGGAAAUUUGAAACUCACGGUAUUCAUAAAUUUAAACUGAAAUCAUCAUUGUCCUAAUUCCUUAGUGAGAAUGUGUUUAAGAUUUUAAUUCAUAUGAAGUGGCUAGCACAGUUCCUGGGACUUAGUAAACAGUCAGUAAAUAAUAGUUGUGUUAAUAUUAUCAUCAUCACUAUUGUUUCUACUACCAUCACCGCUGUGACUGUCACCUUUUAGCCACUUCUUUCUUAAGGAUAGUUUAAUUUGAUUUCCUUUUAGUUGGAAUUGACAAGUUGUUUUCAUAAUCCAUUUUGUCCCUCUGAACGUCUUGCAUGAGUAAUUUUAAAAAAUUUUCUCCCUUUUAUAUGAAUAGUCUUAUUAAUAUAUGUAGAACUUGUUAUAAAAUAUGAAAGAAAAUGUAAAUUGUUAAAGUCUUAAUUGCACAGUAGAAUGGUAUAUACUAUACUAAAUAUCUUUCAUGCCUUAUGCCACUUUUUCGUAGAGGCAAGACUUAUGGAAAAUUAUCCUUCUAUUUUUUAUCAUUAUUUAUAUAUAUGUAUAUGUGCAUAUACAUAUUUACAUUUAUAUUUAUUUCUAUACCUAUAUAUUGAAAGCCAUGCAUUCACAUUGAGACUACCAAUUUUAAUUCAGCACCACAGGAUUCAUACUAAUUUUCUCCCUUUUUAUAUGUGUAGCUACCUUUUUCCAUAGUGAAAAGCAUGGCUUCUGUUAUCCUUAAUGUAUUAACUCAUUUGAUCAAUCUCUUUGAAUGUAGCCAGUGUUCUGUUGCAGCCAUCCCUUCUUCCAUAUAAACAUAUUCAUUCCCAAACUCAGGUUCUAACUCCCUGUGUUUAUUUUCUCCUCCUGCAUGAAGUCCUCAUUGUAUUUGGCCUCUGACACCAAGUAAAAGCUCUCCUCACCCUGCAAAGGUUUUGAAGCCUCAUACCAGGCUGGCCCUGAUGCAGGACACCAGCCUUGGGCUCUGACAUCCCACACUAGACCACUCUUCCAUGGAAACACUCUCCUUACUCUACUUGGAACCUGAUACCUGAACUGGCUCACCCCUCUGAAUGGGUGCCCUUCUCACCCUGCAAAAGGUUCUGGCAGCCCAUUCUGUGUUUACUAUGUGUUGCCCUCAAUGAAAUGUCUUCUUUACCCCACCAAGGCUCUACACCCCAGGCAAGGCCAUCCCUCUGUGGAAAUGUUCUCCUUAUUCUGCUCAGGAUCUGAUGGCCACCACCAGGCUGCCCAUCUGGGCUCUCUCCCCAUGCCAAGUCCACCUCUUCAUAUCUUUCUUCCCAUCCUGGCAUGGACAUCCUGUUCACCCUGCUGGUGUGCCACUCCUCUGUGAGGACACCCUCCUCACCCUGCUUGGACAUAAUUGAUUUUUUUUAACUUUUAUUUUAAGCUCAGGGGUACAUGUGCAGGUUUGUUAUAUAGGUAAACUUGUGUCAUAGGGGUUUAUUGUACAGAUUAUUUCAUCACCCUUAAUUGGUUUUGUAAGUUAAUGACCCCUCAACAGUCCCUCUAUAAAGUCUAAGAUGAUGAUGAUUUUAUAUAUUAUGUGUGUGUGUGUGUGUGUGUGUGUAGCCACUAACUUAUAUUGACCAUUACGCACAUGUGGCCAUACUUUAUGUCUCAGAUAAUUCAGAUAUUUCCCUUUUCCAGAUGUCUAUGAAAUGGCCACCAAGUAUAAUCUUCAGAGUAUUGCAACUAGAUAUAAUUUUUGGCCUUCUGAGAUUAAAGACAGAAACUGAGUGGUGGAACUAUCCAUGGUACUGACAAGUCCCUAGCCUCUCUUCUGGAUUCUAGUGUAGCUGCCUUAAAUCCGACCAUUGUGAAUCUUCCCCACUGUUACAGAUCUAACUAUACCUCUUACUUGUUUCUGAGAUUUUUUUUCUAAAGCCCUGUAAAACCUGACUUCAUUUCCACACUUUGACUGUCUAGGAGCUUUUGUAAAUCUGUACACCAUUCUCUGAAUUUAUUAUAUCUUACUCUGAUCUUUUUAUUUUCCCACAAUGGUCAGAGGACCUUUCUAUAAGUCAGCUGGAGGAUAACUAACUUCAAAAGGUGGUACCUUCUUUUAAUUAAUAGACAUGCUCAUAUGUUAGAGUCCUAAUGUUGCAGUUAUACCCCUUUCUAGGAGGAGAACUUUCUGAAAGUGCACAUAUAUUUCUAGCAAAGCAUCUUAGCAGUUGCCCUCAGGUCAGGUUCUCUGGAGAAUCAGACUCAGUUUGGGAGGCAGUGACUUUUGCUGUAUUCCACUGGGAUAUAGGUUCUUCAACACUUAUUAUUCCUAUAAUAUAAUAGAUGCAGCUUUUGUGACAACCUCAAAUUUAUACCAGAAGCUAUUAUCACUGGAGAAGUCCUCAGAUUCUUAUGCUGCUCUUCAUAUUUACUGAAAGUAUAAUAAGAAAUGAGUUAAUAGAUAUUGUAUAGCAAAUAGGUUUAUUUCAUUUGAUAGCAGAGGACACCUGCUAUCAAAUCAGAUUUAAGUAAAUGCUUAAAUCUGAUUGAGUAGCUGGAGUUAGUCAAUAGUGGUGCCAGUAAUGGUGAAUCUGAUAGUGGUGUCCAGUGUAUUAGUAUUUUCUCUUGCCUCCCAUAUUUUAUUAAUAUAUUCACUUAUCCAUUCUAAGUGAACUGACAGAAAGAUCAAAACCUCUGUACUUUCUGAAGUAUUAUUCCUUUUGCUUCUUGUGCAAGGUGGAGGCGAAUAAAAAUUUGUAAGAAUCCUAGAGCUGAAUACUAAUUUUGAUGUUUUUUUGGCAACUGUCUGGUUGUUUAUUUUUGAGAACCUAGCCCAAAAGAUGUCUUAGUCACAGCUGAUUAUCUUAUUUACUCUUUUUUUUUUUUUUUUGGAGAGCUUAUUCAAGUGUAAAGUGUGGGGAUGGACCACUCAGAAACACCAACUCCAUAGGAAUGGAGUUGGCAUUCCAAAGUAGGGAAGUUAAAGUUUCAUUUGUAUAGGCAGAGACAGAGGAGCUUUUGGCAGGAUUACAACAUUAUUCAUGUAAGGGUUGGCACAUAGUUACAAUUUGAUUGGUUAGGUUUUGUUGUUGUUGAUUUUAUUUAUUUAUUUAUUUAUUUUGAGAUGCAGUCUCAUUCUGUCACCCAGGCUGGAGACAAGGUCUUGCUCUGUCACCCAGGCUGGAAGGCAGUGGUGCAAUCGUGGCUCACUGCAGCCUCAACCUCCCAGGCUCAAGCGAUCCUCCCACCUCAGCCUCCUGUGUAGCUGAGACCACAGGUGGAUGCCACCACACCCGGCUAAUUUUUAAAAUUUUUUUUGUAGAGACAGGAGUCUCACUAUGUUGCCAGGGCUCAUCUUGAACUCCUGGGCUCAAGCAAUCCACCCGCUUCAGCCUCCCAAAGUGCUGGGAUUACAGGUGUGAGCCACCACACCCUGUUUUGAUUAUCUUGCUCUUAACUAUGCAUUACUCUUAUUUAUUUGAACAUCUGUAUCUAAGUUUUACAGUUUUAAGCUUAGCAUCAUCAUUAGUAUUAAUGAAAUAGAGCCCUGAGUUUCUUGCCUUAGUUGAACACAUACUUAAAUCAUUUGUAAAACACUUCAACUGUUUACAGAGUGUUUUCACAUACAGUAUACCUUUAAAGCUUCAUACUUUUGUCCUUAAACUCACCAUAUACAAUAAUGAACUCCUUUCUGCCCCUACCCCUAAACAUGCUUUUCCUCCUCCUCCAUUUCCUAAAUCAUUUUACAGUACCACUGUAAAACUGUUGAUAAAGCUAGGAGCCAUAACCUCAUCAUACAAAUCUCAUCCUGUCGAUCUGGGUUCAUUGAGUUUCUCAAAGGAUUGGAUUUGUAGUUUUAAUUAAAGGGAACCUUUUGCCAGUACUUCUUCAAAUAUUAAUUCUGGCCACAUAACCCCUUUCUGAAACUCUGAUACAUAUAUAUGAGACCCUUUGAAGUUGUCCCAACUCACCGAUGCUGUGUUCUUAAUUUUUGUGGUCUUAAUUUUUUUCCCUGUCUUUUUUUUUUUUUUUUUUUUUUUUUCAAAAACAGAGUCUCACUCUGUCACCCAGGCUGGAAUACAGUGGCACAAUCUCAGCUCAUUGCAACCUCCACCUCCCGGGUUCAAGUGAUUCUUCUGCCUCAGCCUCCCGAGUACCUAGGAUUACAAGCAUGCACCACCACACCUGGCUAAUUUUUUGUAUUUUUAGUAGAGACAGGUUUUGCCAUGUUGGCCAGUUUGGUCUCAAACUCCUGGCCUCAAGUGAUCCACUGGCCUCACCCUCCCAAGGUGCUGGGAUUACAGGCAUGAGCCACCGCACCUGGCUUCCCUGUCUUUUUUUUCCUCUGUGGUUUGAUUUUAGACCUUCUAUUGCUGUAUCUUUGGGUUCAUUGAUCUUGUCCUGUGCAAUGUCUAUGUUGGCAAUCCAGUCCAGUGUAUUUCUCAUGUCAGAUAGAUUUUUCAGCCUCUAUAAGUUAAAUUUUGGUCUAUUUUAUAUAGUCUGUGUCUCUUCUUAACAAGCCCAUGUUUUCUUCUAUUGUCUUGAACCAUGGGACAUAUUUAUAAUAGCUGUUUUAAGGUCCAUGUCUACAAAUUCUAUCAUCUGUUUAGUUUCUGGAUCAGUUUUUAUCAAUUGACUUUUUUUCCUUAAUAUGGGUUUUAUUUUCCUUCUUCUUUUCAUGCUUGAUUAUUUUUAAUGGAUCCCAGAUAUUGUGGAUUAUACAUUGUUGGGUGCUAAAUUAUUUUGUUUUCUCUUACUUUUGAGCUUUGUUCUUGGAUGCAGUCAGGCAACUUGAAAACAUUUUGAUCCUUUUGAGGCUUGCUUUUAAGUUUUGCUAUAGAAAACUAGACAUUGUUUAUUCUAGGGCUAAUUUGACCCCACUACUCAGGCAAUUUCCUUCUAAGUACUCAACUCAGUGCCCCAUAUAUUAUGUUUUCUACACUUUGUUCAGAAUGUGAAUUAUUCUCAGGCCUACGUGAGUUUUGGGGAUUGUUCUUCUUGAUUCCUUCCAGCACUUCUUUUCUUGGCCAUAGGUAGUUUGGGAUUCAAAAUGAAUUUUUAAACUAUGAGUGAGACUUAAGCAUAUUUAAAUAUGGCUGAGACAAAUUCACUGAAGCCUGAUAUUUAGGAUGUGAGACAAGAAGGCUGUAGAAAAUAGGAUCCAGACAGCAGGUGGAGAAAUUGGUCUGAAAUACAAGGGAUGCCUCCUCUUACAAUGGUAAGAAAGAAGGAGAGAAUCCAGAUGUCAGAAAGUUUGUAGAUAUUUUCACAGGAAGUUGAGGAAGUUUCCACAUAUUGAGAGGUGUGUGUGUAUGUGUGCAUGUGUAUGUGAGAGAGAGUGAGAAGCAGGAGGCAGGAAUGAGUAAGGAGAAAGGGAACAGGGUCAGUGAUUUUAGGAGAAUGGAACUGGGUCAGCUGAUUUUAGAAAAUGGAAGAUUUAUAAUAAUUGGGGAAAUGGAAAAAUAAAUUUACCCGAGAAGUAUAACUAGAUUGUAAGUAUAGCCAGAUGAUGGCCAAAGUUCCAAUUCAUCCCAUUGUGUGAUGCUUUUCCUAGUACAAUCAAGGAGUUAAUUGGUUCUUCCAAGGUUAGCGUUUUGGCAGCUUGGAAUGCCAGCUUGAUAGAGGAAGAAGUAAGGACAAGAAGGGGCUGAUGAACAAAAAGUAUAGUGUCAAGCACUGAAGGUCCAGUCAAAGCAUGGUGUUAUGAGAGCAGUUGAGUGAGCAAAUUAUGUUAGAAAAAAGAGGUGUAGUUAGUACCUGUUUUACUUAGUAAUUUUGGCAAAGACCUCACCGUAGCCUCUGGUGGUGCCGAGGCCCAAUAAAUAAUAGUGAGACUGGGAGGGAGAAGUCAUUAGAGAUGAGAAAAUCAAAUAACUUAGUGUGCAGACUGUUAGAAGGAUCAUUCAUGUGGAAAUUUAAUUCACCUUAAGUCACAUUAAGUCAGAGAGAUGUUAGGGUACAGGGGAAUCUGUGAGCCAGGUGGAAUUCUUCACUAAAGGAGCAGGCCUCACUAGAUGAUUAGCAGUUGAAACAUUGCUGAGAGGGAGAAGAUGGUACAGUCAGAUGGCAGGAGCUUCAGACUGAACCACAAUCUGCAGGAGUGCCUCAUGGAUCCUGGUAACAUAUGCUUGAAAAUUUUAUACAAAUGAAUUUCUGUCAGUGUUUGGGCAGAUUUGAAGGGACUUACCCAAUUUUGUAAUUUGUAUCAAUCCCCUCUGAAGGCCCAAACAAUAACAGGAACUCUGAAGAGGAGGCAGGUGUGAGCCCCAGAUUUGAAAGCUAAACUCGUAGGACACAGCCUCCUUCACCUCCUAUGCUCACAUUCUUGAUGGGCAGUUACCAUACCCCCACCAAAAAUCAUCACCAUCCCACUGGCACUCUUCCUUGGUAGAAAUGUGGGGACCUCACUACUCUUGUGAAUUAUAGAGGGAAAAAUAAUGAAAGUGAAUAUGAGGAUGAAGCCAGAUUAUAAAGAUCCUCAAAAACAGAAUAAGGGAUUUAGACUUCUUAGUAAAAAGACCAUUCGAAUUAAGAGUCCAGAAUCCUAAGUCCUAGUCCAUUUUCUCCAGAACAACUAGAUAUGUUAAAACUUUCAGAAAGAUAUUUAAUUAACCUCUCCAGGCCUUAUUUUUUUUUUCAUUUCUAAGGUAAAUAUGUUAGGUAGAGUAGGUAGAUUUGAACCAUGUUCUCCAGAAAUGCUCUGGGAUUCUGGAAAUGUUUGCUUCAAAUUUCUUUUUUUUUUUUUUUUUUGAAAUGGAGUUUUGCUCUUGUUACCCAGGCUGGAGUGCGGUGGUGCAAUCUCACCUCACUGCAACCUCCGCCUCCUGGGUUCAAGUGAUUCUCCUGCCUCAGCUUCCUGAGUAGAUGGAAUUACAGGCAUGCGCCACCAUGCCCAGCUAAUUUUUGUAUUUUUAGUAGAGACGGGGUUUCACCAUGUUGGUCAAGCUGGUCUCAAACUCCUGACUUCGUGAUCCACCCACCUCAGCCUCCCAAAGUGCUGGGAUUACAGGUGUGAGCCACUGUGCCCAGCCUCUUUUUUUAAUUAUAAUUUAAAAUGGUAAAUAAAAAAAAUCAACAUAAACACAUGCUGUGUACUAAAUUUUAAUCUAUUGGAAAUUGUUUACAUGUUAACUCACUGUAUUAGUCCAUUCUCAACACUGCCAAUAAAGACAUACUGAGGCUGGGUAAUUUAUAAAGAAAAAGGGUUUAAUGGACUCAUAGUUCCACAUGACUGGUGAAGUCUCACAACCAUGGUGGAGGCAAAUGAGGAGCAAAGUCACAUCUUACAUGGCGACAGGCAAGAGAGCCUGUGCAGGGGAACUGCCCUUUAUAAAACCAUCAGAUCUCAUGAGACUUAUUUACUAUCAAGAGAACAGCACAGGAAAAACCCACCCCCAUGAUUCAAUUACCUCGCACCAAUUCCCUCCCAUGACAUGUGGGGAUUAUGGGAGCUACAGUUCAAGAUGAGAUUUGGGUGGGGACACAGCCAAACCAUAUCAUUCACUAUCUACUUUUUUGUCUUCUAUAGAUUUACUAAUAAAGCCACUUCUCCCAUAUCUCUCUAUAUAUUUGAAAUUCUUGUAAUUGUGACUUGGGAAUAGCUAUAGUUUGGUGUUGAUAUAUUGUUUAAUUGCUAUAUAUUAUUUAAUUUAGUCCUAUAUAUGUCUGCCAUAAAAAUUCUAUUAAUACUAAAUUCAUGCAUCACAGUCACUGCUUUUUCUAUAUUUAAAAAAUCAGGUAGUUUUAAUUAUUUGCAUAAAAUCAGGAUAGUUUUCUUUAAAAUAUAAGCAAUCAUUAUAGUAAUGGUUUAACUUAAAAAGUUUCUGUAAUGUUCCCUAACUUUAUCUUUCAAUUUUCUUGGUCAGUUCAAUGAAUUAAUAUUCUGACAUUGCAAGACAAGGUAAUUCACAACUUAUCAGCUCUUUAUUGAUUUUAUACAUAAAAUAAAACACAAACACUGGAUGCAAAGUUAAUAUAUGACUAAACUGUUACCAACAAACCUAAAUAUCAAAUUUCAUUUUUUUAUUGAAAUAGCCUGUUAUAAUUUGAGCUCAGUAAUAAAUGUAUACUAAUACAAUGCUAUACUUACCUGUUUCAUGUAUUUGAACGUGGAAUAAGAAUAAGAUUUUAUUUUUUUAAAGAGUACUUUUUUUUUUUUUUUUUUGAGACAGAGUCUUGCUCUGUCACCUAGGCUGGAGUGCGGUGGUGUAAUCUCAGCUCACUGUAACCUCCACCUCCCAGGUUCAAGCGAUUCUCGUGCCUCAGCCUCUCAAGUAACUGGGACUACAUGCGUGUACCACCAGGCCUGGCUAAUUUUCUUUUUUCUUUUUUUUUUUUUUUUUUUUUUUUGAUUUUUAGUGGAGAUGGGGUUUUGCCAUGUUGCCCAGGCUGGUCUCCAGCUCCUGCUAGGAUUACAGGUGUGAGCCACCACCCCCAGCCAAAAGGGUACUUUUACUACAACUUUUUGAAAACCACUAGAUUAAAUUAUCUUUGAGAUUCUUUCUAAGAUUGUAUUAUUCUGAAAUAGGGAUCCUGUAAGUAAUUUUUCAUAACUAUUGAGACAUGAUUCACAGAUCAUAAAAUUCACCCUUUUAUAGUGUAAAAGUCAUGAUUUUUAGAAUAUUCACAUAGUUGUGCAGCCAUCACCAUGAUUUAAUUUCACAAUAUUUUUAUUAUCCCCGCCACAAAAACUCUGUAGCCAUUAGCAAUUACACCUCCUGGCAACCACUAACCUAUUUUUUGUCUCUAUGGUUUUGCCUCUCCUGCACAUUUUAUAUGAAUCAAAUCAUACAAUAUGUGGCCUUUUGUGUUUGAUGACUUUUACUUAGCAUGAUGUUUUCAAGGCUCAUUCAUGUUUUAUCAUGUAUCCAUACUUCGUUGUUUUUUGGGGACUUAAUAAUAUUCUUUGUAUGGAUAUACCACAUUUUGUUCAUCUUUUCAUUCAUUGACAUUUGGGUUGUUUCCAUUUUUGGCUUUUAUGAAUAAUGCUGCUAUGAACAUUUGUGUACAAGUUGUUGUGUAGACAUAUAGUUUCAUUUCUCUUGAGUAUAUGUCCAGUUCUAGAGCUGUAUUUAUUCUUAACAUUUCUGGGAACUGCCAAACAGUUUUUCAAAGUAGGUGCACCAUUUUACUGUCCCACCAGCAAUGUAUGAGAGUUUCAGUUUCUCCACAUUCUCUUCAACACUUGUUAUUAUCUGUCUUUUUAUGUAAGCUAUCCUACUGGGUAUAAAGUGGUAUCUUAUUAUGGUUUUGAUUUGUAUUUCCCUAAUGACUAAUGAUGUUGAGCAUCUUUUCAUGUGCUUAUUGACCAUUUGUGUAUCUUCUUUGGAUAAAUUUCUAUUAAAAUCCUUUGCCUAUUUUUUAAAUUGGCUUGUCUCUUUAUUUUUGAGCUGUAAGAGUUCUUUACAUAUUCAGGAAAUCGGUCCCUUGUAAGAUAAGUGAUUUGAUAAUAUUUCCUCCUAUUCUGCUUUUCUUUUUACUUGAUGAUGUUCUAUGAAGCACAAGGUUUUUAAUUUUGAGAAAUUCAGUUUAUUGAUUUUUUCCUUCUGUUGCUUGUGCUGUUAGUGUCUUAUCUAUGAAACCAUUGCCUAAUAUAAGAUAAAGAUUUACUACCAUGUUUUCUUCUAGUAGUUUUAUUGUUUUAGCUCUUAAAUUUAGGACUAUGAUCCAUUUGAGUUGAUUUUUUAAUACGGUGUGAGGGAGAGGUCCAAAUUAAUUCUUUUACAUGUGGAUAUCCAGUUGUCCCAACAGUUUGUUGAAAAAAAAUCUUUUUUUCAUUUAUUUGUGUUGGCACCCUUGUUGAAAAUGAAUUGCCCAUAAAUGUAAGUUUUUAUUUCUGAACUGUCAAUUAUAGUUCGUUAAUCUAUUUGUCUAUCCUUCUGCCAGUACCACACUUUCUUGAUUAUUGAAGCUUUAUAAUCAGUUUUAAAAUUGGGACGUGUGAGUCCUCCAACCUUGUUAUUGUUUUUCAAGAUUGUCUUGGCUAUUCUGGGUCCCUUGCACUUACAUAUGAAUUUUAGGACACGUAAAUUUUAGGAUGGACUUCUUUGUUUCUGAAAAAAAAGAAGGCCUUAGCAAUUUUGAUAGGGAUCGCAUCAAAUCUGUUUGAUCCGUACUUUGGGCUACAUUACCAUCUUAACAAUUUAAGUCUUCCAAUCCAUUAGCAUGAGAUGUCUUUUCAUUUAUUUAGGACUUCUUUGAUUUCUUUCAAAAGUGUCUUGUAACUUUCAGUGUAAUACAAAUUUUACAGUUUUGUUAAAUACAUUCCUAAGUAUUCUAUUCAUAUUGAGGCUAUUGUGAAUGGAAUUGUUUUCUUAAUUUUUUGUUUUCUAAUUGUUCAUUGCUAGUGUAAAGAGAUAAAAUUGAUUUUCAUAUAUUGAUCACAAAUCCUGAAGCUUUGCUGAGCAUAUUCAUUAGUUCUAGUAGUUAUUUUCUUCAUGUGUAUUUUAGGAUUUACUGCAUAGGAGAUCAUGUCAUCUGUGAAUAGAAGUAGUUCUGAUUCUUCACUUCCAAUCUGAAUGCCUUGACAAAGACAUUCUCCUAGACUAGUCGCCCCCAUAGUUUAUUGUUGCUGUUUGUUGUUGUCAUUCCUCUUUGAUGACUUUCUUGGAUUUUGUAAAGUCUAUAUUAUUGUCAUGUGCAUCUCAGUUAACAUUAGUGGUCAGCUCAGCUAACAACUGGACAGAGAUUUCAUUAAGUCUUUGCUGAGGGGUUCUGUGUAUAUUGAGCCAUGCCUUCAAUGCUCCAAGAGUCAGUUUACAACUGUGCCUUAACUUUCACUUUCUGCAUGCACAGAGCAGCAAGAUCAGCUAGAGGUAAGAGACUAGGACCUUCUCAAGUUUUUUCUGGGCAUGCACAUAGCUUUGCACAUGUGUAUAGACUGCUAGAUUUCCAGAAAUGUCUUAGAACUUUUCAGAGAUCCCUAUUAACAUCUCAUUCCCUAGAUUUUGCUCUUAUUUUUUCAUUGGCCGGAGCCAGUACUGCUUCUUUGGUGACUGCCAUGUUAAACAAUUGCCACUGAUUGUUUCCAACAGAUGUUCUAAGGAUAUAGUUCUUAUCAAUCUGAGUCAAGUAAAAUCAAAACAAAGCCUGAGAAUGGAACUUUUCACAGAACUGUGAGACAAGUGAAGUAAUGUCAUUUCUCUGAAGAUGGGGCUCCUGGGCACUCCAAACCCAUUCUUCCCCCUCCAGCAUCUAUGAGGCUGUUGGAUUUCACAGUUGCAAGUGUUGGCUUUCAACACUACCAGGGAACUGGGGAGAGGGUAAUGGGAAUAGGGUAUAUUUAAAAUGCCACAAACCUUGGUAGUUCUCACAGUAUUCAGCCAUUUUUCUUGAAUAAACGCUCCUUGGAGUGUUGCAGGCCUUUAGUUAGUUCAGAGUUCUGAAAAAGUUUUUUUUGACAAUGUUUGCCAGUGUUCAUGUUGCUUUUAUAGAGGAGCAGACUUUCAGAGGUCCUUACUUCACCAUUCUGCCUGUAAGGGUGUUUGAGUAGAGGUGUGGCACCACCAAAGCCAGGUGUAUGGAAGUCUAGUUUACCAGUGUCUGAUGUUCAUAUGCUGGCAUGGAGAUUGGUGAACUGUAGUGUGAUGAGCUGAUCCAAAAUGGCCAGUUAAAGAAAACUAAGAACGUUACCAGAAAAAAGAUACAAGGCCAAAAGUUCAAAGAUUUAAAAGUAAGUAACAGAUUGAGCUGACAUGGAGGAUGACCUGAUUGAGCAUAGGAGACCUCUCCUGUGCCUGCUCUCUGCACCCCUUCCUCCCCCAUUUCCCACUGUAUGCAUUCACGGCAGACGACACAGAUAAUAGUGUACAAGAAGCAUCAGAAUGGGGAAAAGAUAACUAAGAUGAAAUUGCAUUAUGGAAAUAUAGUGAUCUAUUUUUAAAACACUUAUGUGUUAGCUCACGUAAUCUUAUCACUUGAGAGGACAUGAACAUGAAUCUCUGUUUUAUAACGGAGAAAAAUGAGACUUUCAGUAGAUCAAUUACUUCCCAGGCUUAGGGCUAGCAACAGGUAGAACUACUCCUAGCUCUUUUGAUUUGUCAAGUACUUUUUGCACUAUUAGAUAAUAACACUCUAUUAGAGGAGUUUUAGUAAUAAGGAAGAGCCUAUUUUGAGAUACUAUCCGGAGGAAAAAUCACUAGUGUAUAUCUGGUUGGUCAUGUGAGAUUAAAAAAGAGAAGAUGCCCAAAAGUUGGAAAAGGUAAUGCAUUAAAAGUGUAAUUUUAAUACAUUGCAGCUAGCCAAAAAACAAGUGCCAUUCUAAUGUAGGGAAAUAAAGAUAAAGUUGCUAUUAAUUCGGUGAAAGAAUCAGGGAAAUAAUUACUGAAUAUUUAAUCUUAGCCAGAAAUGUAUAUAUUUUGCUAAUUUUUCACCAUGUGUCAGCAGCACUGUAAACAAUAGCAAUUACAAUAGUUACUUGGAAUUGGAUAUCUAAAUUUGUUAAAUAUUACACAGUUGGGAGGAUAUUAUAUUCAUUUGCUCCCAUUUGUUUAUAUUUUAAUAUCUUGAAAAAUGUCACAUAUUAUUUAGCGCUACAUUCAAUAUUUUACCAUCUAUAUUAUUACUGUCCACCAGCCUACUAGAGAGUUACUUAAGUGUAAUACUGUAAGUUUUGACUUAAGUGAAGACUCAAAAUAUUUUGGAGAAACUGGGUCGGCAGGGGGCAGCACAGUCUUACAAUGUAUAAAAUGUGGUCAUUUGAAUGACCAUUCAGAAAUAGGAUAUAAAGAUAGUGUAGUUCAUGGCUUUUCAGGCUUUUCAAGCUUUUCAAGCAUUCAGACCCUUUAUUUCAAAUGAAAUAUUAUUUAUAACUCAAAUACGUAAGGCAGAGAAAAGUGAUAUUUUACUAACAAAUCUUAUUUUAUAAUAUUUACUUGUAACAUCUAUUAAUACUGAAAAUGAUAGGGUUGUUUUGAUGAACAAAAAAUUGAGAAUAAAAUUUUCUAGAGGGUACUAUUACUAUAUUAUUUUUAUAGAUGAGGAAAUUGAGUCUCAAGGAACUUUUAAAACAUGUCCAAGGUCACACAGAUGGCAAAAAGUUAGAGCUUAUUUAUAAACUCAACUGUCUUACUCCAAAGCACAGGCACCUACAGUUAUGCAAUUGCUGCUAAUACAUUUUCAUCUUGCUGCAGCUCUGAAAUCCAGUGCAAUGUAUUUCUUUUGUUUUAAUUAUACAUUUUAGAGAAAACUCUGAUUCAUAUAGAUAAGGAGUUACAAAUGAUAACUUUGACAGCUUGCUCUUUAAACUUCAAAUAUUCUCAAUUAAACAGAAAUGACAGGUAAAUCUUUAGUCCAAGAUACAAAUAAUAAUACAUUAAAUUUAUUUGCAAUACAAUGUGUUCCCUAAUAUAUUAACAAGUGGUAUAACUAUUAAGGAAGUAGACAUAGUUAUUUCACCUUUUUUAGAUAACUGAAGUAUGGAGAUGCUAAAUACCUUACUAAAGUCACGGUCCUGUAACAGACCCCCGUAAAUCUGACUGCAAAGUUUCCUUUCCUUACGAGUACACUAUAUUGCCUCUAUUAUAUUACUCAUUUAUAUACUCGUAUUGUUUUUAUUUUAAUUUUUAAAUAGUUAAAAUUAUAUUUUUAAAAUGAAAUUCAAUAGAUUUCACUAACCACUGUUGGAAAACCAAUAGUCUAUGGAUAAUUAUAAUCCAAAACAUGGAAGACACUUAGAAAUCA